AUGGCUCGUGAUGCCAGAUCUUCACGAUCAGUUAAAAAGGAAGAAAUAAGCAAAAAGAAAUCAAGCCCAGUCAAAAAGAAAUCUUGCCAAGUAACAAAAGAUGCCAAGAAAACUUCUCCAAAAGCAGAAAGCUCAGCAAACUGCAAAAAGCACCUGGAAGAAAAGAAUGACGGCAAGAAAAAAACACAGGAAGAGAAACCACCUCUGAAUGCAACAUGCCGAUUUCUCAGGAGCAGCGUCACCAAAGCCUUGUCUGGAACACCUUGGAUGGAUCUGGGGUUAACUGAUAAUGUUCUGUUGCGUAACCAGCCUCCUUUGAGCUACAAUGGCUUUACCAUGACUCUCCGCAGGAAACCGUUUCCCCAUAGACUGUUCCAGACGCCAACAAUCAUGCGAGCAACUAAAGCUGGCCCAGAGAAAAGUGUGGGGAGAAGAGAGAAGCCUGAAUCAAGAACCUCCUGUGUAUUAGAAAGGAAAGAAGCAGAAGAGGCUGGAAGGGAUUUAAACCAGGUUGGUGCAUUAUCUUCUCCCAAGGAGGAGAAAGAGGAGGAGAAUCUGUGUGAUCCAGAAGGAGGCCACUGCUCUGAAUGUGAUAGUCAAGCCAAAAAGGGAGAGACACCUUCUGAAGAAGGUAUUUCUGCUUCUAAUGGUGAUGUACCAGGUACCCAAAAUCCAGAGAUAUUAAAGGAGGCAUGCCAGUGUACAGAACUUGUGCCCACAGAGCAGGAUCUGAAAUAUUUGCCUCCGAGUACCUGUGAAGAAAAUUUCACUCAACUUGCCCCUGCACAUUUUCAUCUUGACUCUGCUAUUCCUAUAAAGGUACAUGAAGAGAAUGACUCGGGAGCAUUUGUGAAAUCACAUUCUGAGAGUUGUUUGGAUGUGUCUCCUGCUCCCAAACAGUAUACCUGUUCACAUUCCGAUUCCACAUUAAGCCUUUCCUCGGAAACAAACUCAAAGGAACUUGUAGAAAGGUCAGAGUUUUCCACAGACGCUCACUCCAAAACUACCUGUGAUUUGGUGCUAACUGAUGGUGAUCCUGAUGCUGCCAUUUUGAUUACCUCAGAAUUGAUCUCAAAAUUGCAUUUAGAUGACCCAUGUCUGUUACAAGGGUCUCAGCUCAAUCAGGAUCCUGAGCCCACCAUUCAAGAAGUAGAACCUGCCUCAUGCUGCAUCUCUGAAUCAGAAGGCUGUUUAAAAGAUCCAGGCCUUUGUGUGGAAUCUCAUUUACCAAAGGACUUGGAACUGGAGCUAAGCAGUAAAGCACUUGAUUCUUAUUUCAACUCCAGACAACUUUAUUUAGAAUGUGACCAAACAAAUGGCACGUUGACAUGUGAACAGGUUUCUAAUACCUCUUUGACUAGUUUUAUAUUGGGAGAUCUUGAGCAGACACUUGAAAAGAUCGCCGUAGAAACUUUCACUUUAGAUUCAGGUGCUGUGCCUGUUGCACCCCUCAACCUAGAAAGUACAGCAGAUUCCGUUCUGGUAAGCAGCGACACAUUUAAGGGAAGUUUUCCAAACUUGUCUGAAGAUGCUAAUUCAGGGCCUCCAUCAGCUGCUGCAGAGGAUACAGAUACCAAGACAGUUGUGCUAGAUGAAUCCAUUCCAGAACCUCAGGAUCCAUUGUUGCAGUUGGAAAGUGGUGGGACUGUUGCGAACUCUGUUCAGGACAUCGGGAAAUGUGGUGCUAAUCUAGUUGCAGUUUCAGAGACUGCCUCCUGUGGGAACCCAACUGGCAGCCUUCCUGUCUCGCUUGCAUCUUUGCAACCUGUGCUAGAAAAGAAGAAGCGAAGGCGAUGUGGGGUGUGCGAGCCAUGUUUGCGGAAAACUAACUGUGAAGAAUGCAGCUGUUGCAGGAAACGCAAAACUAGUCACAGGAUAUGUAAAAAGAGAAAAUGUGAAGAACUGAAGAAGCCUCCACUGCCACUGCCGCCCUUAAUGCUGCCCUUUGUACCAUCAGAGGUAAGGAAAAAGACGAUUCAUUAAAUGUGCAUGACGCAGCCUUAUUCAGCCUGGUGCUCUCCAGCUGUAUUUGGGCUUCACCUCCCAUCGUUCCCAGCCAGCAUGGCCAGUGGGCAAUAAAUUAUGGGAAUUAUAGACCAAUGACAUCUGAAGGGCACCAUAAAGUCAUUAAAUACAAAAUAAAAAUUACUAUGUAACUUAGUUUAAAUGUUACUAAAUCCUGGCACUGUUAAAGAUGCAGACCUCAGUCCAGGAUUGUGUUAAGUGCAUUUAUGCCCACUGAAAUCAAUCCAGUGGAACUUAUUUUUAUAUAAACACCAUACAUAUGCAUGGGAACCAGAGGUCCAGAAAACAAGUAUGACUUUGGGCAUCUUUUUUUCCAUGUUAGUGCAUCUCCAUUUUUUAUACAUAUAUAAAAGGAAACCUCAAGCAUUGUGAUUUUUUUUUUAAGUGACUGGUUUAAUACUAAGUUCUAAGUAGUGCUGAAGGUAGAUACAUACUUGUUAGAUUUUUGCAGUUCUAAUAACAGAGUUCAUUCAGAAAUACAGUGUUUAUGACCAGUAAAUUUCAUGAUGUUUUUUUCCUAUUUCCACUGUAAUUGCAUAGAGUUUGUUUCUUUGUGGGCAUUGUGUGUGUAACAUUUCCGGGUAGAAAAUCACAGCCAGGCUUAGAGAUCAGAGGGAUCAUGAGACAUCAACAUCCUAGUGGAAUUAAGGGAUGAUUUUUUCUCCUCUUGCUGCCUUGGUCUGAAUUUUCCCCUGUGAAUAGAACUGCUGCAUUUUUAAAGCUUUGAUCUCUCCAAAUGCAAACAGCCUCAACUGUGGUUUCUAAUCCCUUUUCUUACAAGGAAGUGUAGGACAUGCUUCUGGUAGCACAGCAGUGAAAAUAGCUAUAUUCAAAUGGAAAGAGUUAAACCCAUUUUGCUACUGUGGCAGAUCAAUUGUUGAGUCUGCAGUGAGUUGUGAACUUCUGGUGUCAAACAAGGAAUUUUGCCUGUGUGUUGCCUCUCAGGUUUAGCCAGAGGAUGGAGCUACAGGAAAGCCAACAGGCCAGCAAAGAAGCGCUUCAGUUGCUCUAAAGCUAUUCCGCUCAGCUCAUGAUGAUUUAGAAGUAGAUUAUGGUUUGCUUCCCUUGAAUUGCAUAUCUUAUCUUUCUUUAUGCUGCCAGACUCCACUGGAUGAUAGAUAGCAUUCCUUGGAAGUUUUCUUCUCAGCAGGGGAUAUUCCUUUACGUUGGGGAGGGUGUUUUAGAACAACAACAAUGUAACAGCCAAUGUAGGGAUCCUGGAUCCACUUUAAGACCCUAUAAGCCUGGGAGUAUAUUUUGCAUUAAUUGUGCAUGUUGUUAGAAUUCAGUUUUCAAUAUGCUGUGGAAGAAAGCUGGGGGAAAUAUCAAUUACUCCUUACAUUCAAGAACAUGGAUAAUUGAAUAAGGUUUGGCAGCAGCAUACUGACUUGCUGAUUGUGAAUGCUUAUCAUGACUCACAUAAAGGUGCAAUUAAAAUACCAAAUUUGUGAGUCUUGUGCAGCAUUAAGAGAAGCCGGACAAUAAUGUGGGACAAAGGUUUAACUCAUCAUUAACUUCAAAGGUACAUAUAGAAGAUAAAAGAGCAGCCAUCCCUAGAAAAAAGUGUGUGCUUGGGGGGGGAGAGGUCCACAUUCGGAUGUAAUGCAAAGCCAUUCUACAGCUUCAUUUCUGGCUGCAUAGCAGCAGCAGGAAUGGGGGUGGAGUACCAGGAUGCUUGCUCCUUCACAAUAGGCAUUAUGUGUGAACAGGCUGUUGAAUCAGUACACUUAACUUCCCAAAAAAAUAUUUAAAAUUGAAGUGCCAGAGGGGAAAACAUAGUGACCUCUACUUUUUUUUGAGCAGCAUCAUUGCUAUCCUAAAUUACAUACUGAUUCCUCAAAAUGGUUUCUGUGAUCUAUAAACAUUACCUUGUUUGAGUCUGGUCUCAUCUGGUAUCUAGUGUCUAACACAAACAAAAAUUAUGGCAGAUAACCGUUGACAAGACUACAUUGGCUUGCAGCACAAGAGAGUCUCAGUCGACAGUUGAAUCAAGUUCAGUGCUAAGGCUGGGAAUUAAAUGGCAUGCUUUUCCAGACAAAUUAGGGAAAACAUGGCACCCUACAAUUUUGGGUAAGUCUUUUGAACUUGAGCUGGAAGAAAAUUUCUUCGUCGCUUUUUAGUGAAUUGAUAAUGUACUUUUUACAGGCUGCAAAACACAACAAUAAUUGCCCAGCAUUUUCUGCUUGAUACAGUUGAACAAAGCCAAAACAAGGCAAGGGCUGAUUUAGGUAUAGUGCGUGUUAUAUUCCUCUUUUACACCAUGUUGCCCCGUAUUCAUUUUGUCUUAUAUUAAAUAGAUAGUAUACAUAGUAGCACUAGAUCAUUUCUUUAGAAAAGUAGGUUUGCAAGUAGAAAUUGCUAGGACCAUGCUGCAAAAUACUUGACACCUUCAAACUAUGGCUUCCCAGAUGCAACCUCAAGGGUAGUUUGGCGUAGCUGCUAAGUUACAGGGACCGAACAGGAAGAAAAGAGGUGGAGCAAAGAGUCAGGAAGGGCAUGGCAGCAACAAGAGCAGAAGCUGACAGCAGCAGGGGCAGAAGUGAGCAGUGCGGCAGAACUAGUGAUGGGGAGUUGACCCUCUGGAGUUGUAAGGGCAAAGAGGAAAGCUCUGGACAGGGUGAACCACUGAUGAGAAGGGCCGCACCAUGUACAGUAUAUUAGCUGCCAUGCCUGUGGUCAUCAACAAAGGCCACUUUGAAAGCCCCUGCUUUCUAUGGCUAUAUUUGAAGGAUAAGACAAUAGCCUAAAUCUGUCCUGCUCCAUUACACUCACACUUACAGGGUAUCUUGCUGAAUGUUAAAUAGCUUGGCUUAUUAUUUUAGUUAGCCUGUGGAGGAGCUAAGUUCUUGUAAAGCGUUGUGCUUUGAUCUUGUGGCCAAGCUGUUCCAGCAGUUUAUCUUCCUUGUCCUAUUUGGCAAUAACAUUAUUUAGGCAGAUAACCCUUGGGGGGGGGGGGAUAAACACCUUUUGAAGCAAAACUGGUUGGAGAGAAAGCAAGCAACACAGGGCUGCUGUUGAGUUUGUGUAGAGCAGGGGUCAGCAAACAUUUUCAGCAGGGGACCAGUCCACUGUCCCUCAGACCUUGUGGGGGGCCAGACUAUAGGGGGGGGGGGAAAUGAACGAAUUCCUAUGCCCCACAAAUAAACCAGAGAAGCAUUUUAAAUAAAAGCACACAUUCUACUCAUGUAAAAAUAUGCUGAUUCCCGGACUGUUUGUGGGCUGGAUUUAGAAGGUGAUUAGGCCAGAUCUGGGCCCCCAUGGUGUAGAGGCUUGAUGGCUCCUUUUUCCUGCUAAUCUGGUGGAGGAGGAAGGGAGGGCAGUGUUAGAAACUGGGAUAGAAAUGCUAGGAGCCAAAUGGCUCUUGGGGCCAGGGUUGUGGGUGCCAAAACAGAAUAUCUAGUCUCCAUUUGUGGGGGGUUGGCAACACUUUUUAUUUAUUAUUUUGAUGAGUAUGAACUAGUACACAAAUCACAUAAGUGACACAUGGCUAAUACCACAUUUUAAACAGAAAUUGCUAUUACGUGUUUAAUUUGAUGUAUACAAUAAAAAUAUCGAUACCAUACUUCUGUUUUCAAAACACACUACUCCAGGCUUCCUCAACCUCGGCCCUCCAGAUGUUUUGAGACUACAAUUCCCAUCAUCCCUGACCACUGGUCCUGCUAGCUAGGGAUCAUGGGAGUUGUAGGUCAAAAACAUCUGGAGGGCUGAGGUUGAGGAAGCCUGCACUACUCUUUAUUGUUAAACUCCUUAACAUAUUGUCUAUCCGUAACGUAUACUUUGAGGCAUCAAGGCACAUAUAUUUCCAUAAUCCUUGAGUAACAGCCAAGUGCAAAUAAUGGCAGACAGACCUUUUGAGGUGUUUGCAAAUGGAGAAUUUUUAGGCGCAAAAUGUGCCUGGUGCCCCACUAAUUUUGAGCUCUGAGAGAGGGGACAUCCCCCAAACAAAUUAGAUCUGGAGAAUGAGGCUGCAUACACCAUACAUUUAAAGCACAUUCACCCCUCCAAGAAUUCUGGGAACUGUGGUUUAAGGGUGCUGGGAAUUGUAGCUCUGUGAGGGGGUAAACUACAGUUUUAAGGAUUAUUUUUUGUGGUUGGAGAGGGGUUGUUUUAAAUUUAUGAUGUGUAUGCAGCCAGAGGCUCUGUGCUGCCAGCUUGUGGACAUAGUAGUCUUCCAUGCUCUCCACUGUUGCUUGGCCUACAUUGCUGCUUUAAAGGGAAGCAUUGCCCUGAGAGCAGUGAAGCUGUGUCUGCUGGGUCCCAUCUGCACUAGACAUUUAAAGCAGUAUCACACCAUUUUAAACAGCCUUAGCUUCUCCUAAAGAAUCUUGGGAACUGUAGUUUGUUAAGCAUGCUGAGAGUUGUUAGUUCUCUCACAGAGCUGAAGUUCCCUUGUAAGAUAGAUGGAUUGUUAAACUACUCUGAGAAUUGUAGCUUUCUGAGGAGAACAGGGGAUCUCCUAACAACUUUCAGCAUCCUUAACAAACUGCAGUUCGGAGGAUUCUUUGGGGGGAAGCAAAAGUAGUAUUAAACUUAUUUAAAUGUAUAAUGCAGAUGGGCCUCAGACAGCACCUUGAAGCAUACGCUGAGCCCACUGGAGUUGAGUGAGAGAACUGGGCCCUCUGGCUGUAUUGGGGCCAAAGUAGUAGGUUCAGGACCAGAUUAUGUCCUUUCAGGCUGGCAAAUAACAUACUUUUGGAUAGUUGGGUGAGGAUCCCUGCCAAAACUAUGUGAAUGAAGAAAGGCUAAAAACCAGUAAAGGCAGGUGGGUUUUUAAUCCAAAGAUCAAAAGCAGGCACAGUAUUGUAAUUGAGUACAUAAGCAAGUUCCCUCUUCACAGGAGCAUUGUAGUUGCAAUAUUAUGGGUACUUAUGUAUUUUUAAUUAUUGAGCAAAGCAGACAUCUGCUAAGGUCACCAGAAAAGAAUGGUGGGAGCUAAGACAGGAAGCGAUUAAGGCAAGGAGCAAAAAGGGUUUUAGCAGAGGCCAGUUCAAGCAAAGGAUGAAUUCUAGCUCUUCUGUCAAACUUUUCCCCAGACUAAACAUGCCUCCCUUUGAUUUCUUCUGACCUCCUCAUUGUAUAGCAGCUUUGCUUCUUCACCCUUUUCUUUAAGUCUUCUCUCUGCUUUUUUAAUGAGCUACCCCCUAUUCUUUAACUUCUUUUUCGCUGUCAGUUUCAUUUUCUUGGGCACUUCUAGUGUGUGUGUGCGCGCACACACACACAAUUUGUAUGUUGAACAUAAUGCUCUCAGUUUGUAUGGCAACAAGUACUUUUCAUCUUGAGAAUUUUAGACAAUUGUAUCAGUCAACUCUGUGUCUGGCCAGUACAAUGGACAAACAGGCAGAGAAGUAUAUUGUAUCAUCUUAGCAGAGGUAGAAUAUUCUAAGCAAAAUAGUCUUCAAAGAUACGUUCCUGCUGCAACAUGGAAAGUGAGAAAUUGAGUAUCUUUUCUGCAAUGCUGAUAUGAUCAGCUCCUGGAAUGUAGCAUAGAUAGACAGAGAAAUCUUGGCUGAUACUCUACACUUAGACUGAAUUAUGUGUGUCUAAACCUCAAGACUUCCUACUGUUACCUAAUUAUCUUUCAUCUGACAAGCCAACUAGUAGAUGCAAUGCCAGAAAAUGGGUGAAAGUUUUUCAGAUGCACUUGUAUGUUCUGUUAGAUGCAAUUUUGUUGAGUCUGUGCAUAAAUGCAAAAAGAUAACUUACGCAAUUGUUGCGUGUGUCAGUGUAUACAUACGUUUCACAUUUGCUUGUUUCUUUUUAAGAAAAACAUAGCUUGUGAAGUAGCUCUCUGGGGGGGUGGGGGAAGUUUAAGUAACUCCCAAUAUGCACUAAUUCCCACCCCAGAUUCAGAAGCAGCCUGGGUUUAAGACACCUGCUACUUCUCUUUUCCCAAGAGCAAGAUAAUCUUGCAUCAUGUACAAAAGAUCAUGUGUUCGUACUGCCUUGCAGUCAUGUACUAUUGCAAUUACAAUUCUUACUCCAGAAGCCUGCAUUGAAAAUAUAUGAAAUUGACCUUUUACCAGUAUUUAACCACACUGGACUGUUGAUGCAGUCACUUUGCAUCUAGGGGUAACUAAUCUCCUUCUAUGCUACAAGUGACAUCUUUGUUUCUAGGUGUGAUGGAAGUCAUCACUCAUUUCUGAAGAAUGGGAAAUGGCAUAUGCUUCCCUUUCGCUCUUGUAAUAAUAGAGCCCAUGUGGUAUAGUGGUUAGAGCAGUGCUUCUCAAACUUGGGUCUUGAGCUGCUGUUGGACUACAACUCCCAUCAUCUCUGACCACUGUUCCUAUGAGCUAAGGAUUAUGGGAGUAGUAGUCCAACAUCAGCUGGAGACCCAAGUUUGAGAAACACUUGGUCAUGAAGCUCACUGGGUGACCUUGAACUAGUUAUUGCCUCUCAGCUGAAUUUACCACACAGGGGUGUUGUGGGGAUUAAGUGAGAAGAUGGAGAACCAUGUACACCACCUUAGGCCCCUUGCUGAAAAGGUGGGAUACAAAUGCAAUGAAUUAAUGACUAAACUGGAGUUGGUAGCCAGUGUGUGUUUGCUGCUCAGAGUACUCUGCCUAGGCUUGGAAAGGUCAGUGUGAGUUUAGCAUGCCCUGAAGCAUCUAGGACAAGAAGAAUAUAAAUACAUGGAUAUUUGUUGUGAACUGAGUGAGCUAGAUGAUAUGUGUUCAUAAAGUAGCUGGGAGAGUUCUAUAGUACUUCUAUAUUCUCUAUUGUACUUUCAAGUGUUUUGAGCACUCCACAUGCAGCAUUUAGCUGAUCCUCGUAGCCCAGUGAUAUCUGGAGAGCCACAGGCUCCAACGCCCAUCAUCCCUGACCACUGAAGAUGCUGGUUGAUGGGAGUUGGAGCCACAGUUUCAUCACACUUGUUUUACAGUGGCCCUGUAAGUUACAUCACUAUUAUUAUUGUCCAUGUUGUAGAUGGAUGAGCUGAGACUGCUGAGAGAGGCUUGUGGAAGGCCACUUAGCCUGUGUACACACCAUACAUUUAAAGCACAUGACUUCCCCCAAAGAAUCCUGGGAACUGUCAUUUGUUAAAAUAGCAACCUUUCCCAGGAUUCUGUGGGGGAAGCCAUGUACUUUAAAGCUGUGGUGUGUACCCUAGUGAGUUUCCUGUGGAGGCAAAACUGGCUGAUUUGUAGUCUCUUAGUCACUGUGCUAUACAAGCCAUACAAGCAAGGGGUUUUGCUUACAUUGAUGGUUUUUAAACUCUUUGCCUUCAAGGAACUUUGUCGACUACAAGUCAUCUUUUCAGAAACCCCACUGUGUAUCUGUCAUGGGACUUUGCAAAUUCAGAGGGGAUUCCGAGAGGGUAUGGUCAGGUGCGCAGCCUGCUCACAGUGAGCCAACUGGCCUGGCCUACAGAGCCUCAUUAUUUCUCACAUGAAGUGCCCCCCCCCACUCCCUUGAGGCUGAGCAUUGCAUAGGAGGGCUGGUAAUGGAGGGCAGCAUGUCUGCCUUAACUGAUCUUCACAUUGAGGAACCUCCAAUAAGCUUCUCUGGAACACAAUCUAAAGCCCCUUGACUCUCAUGAUUAGUCACUCCAGGGCAGCAGUACCAUCCGAUGACAGGUGGCAUUUUCAGAACAGAGAAGAUUGAAUGGAGGUAAAAGUGGAGGCGGCAUAACUCCCGAAGCCAUUUGAGCUGGUUAAACAGCUUCCUCACCCCCUCUCUGUGUAGUUUUCAUUUAAUGUGAAAUAUUUGCUCAUCAGUAACUCGAUUACAAGCUCUAGGUUGGUUGGUGGGUUGUUGUUGUUUUUGCAGACAGCUUACUCUGUCCUUUAAUCUGAUUACUGUUGUGAAUAAGGACUGACUUCUCACACAUUUGUGUGUCUCUAUCUAUCUAUCUAUAUCUAUGUGUGCAUAUAUAUAUGAACGCGUGUGCACGCACACACACACAUCAGUAGAAAAUGGAGACCCCUGCCAGAAUGGUGCCAUGACCUUGCCCCCCUCCCCAGUCUUUUGGGAUUCAACAAACAAACAAACCUUAGACAAGCUAAAGAAAGGAUAAAGAAAUUAGCACCUUUCUGAGCAUACAAGAGGAAGCAAUAUUCUCUCUCAGGGGCAGUAGGUGGAGGAUGACAGCCAGAGCCUCGUCUCUCUCCGCUUUCCUUAUCAUUAGCUAUUAAUUGCCGCCGAGGCGUGGCCAAGGGGGGUUGCCGAGGCAUUAGCCGCCUCGGAGUCGGUGUCCUCGCAUAACCUCCUUCUUAACCAAAAAAAACAAAAUAGCACUAAUAUGUAGCCCUCGCCUUAUAAAGUCAAAAUGCACAAUACCUUCCUGGUGAGUGCGUGUGUGCGCAGCGUCCGCAGGCUCUCUCUCUCCACCCCAGGAGUUCAAUUGAUCCCUCCUCCUCCUCCCUUGCUCUGGAUCUCUCCUCUCUGUCUUCUCUUUCGCGUUCAGCUUUAAACCAAUCAGUCAGGCAAACCAGGAGUUGGGGGGGGGGCGUUUGGUGGCUUUGCUUUUCCAGUCAUUUAAAAAUAUAUAUAAAUAAAGAACACACCUCGCUUCCGCCUACCCCCCACCCCAACCCUCCAGCUUUCCAACCCCUAUUUCUACCCCACCCCACCCCUCGGCCGGAUCCACGGUCGCAGGGAGUCCAUGUCGCAGCUUGCGCCCGCCCCUUGUGUCCUCUUGCUCUGAGUAAAAACCCCACAUAGGAGACCCUUUGUUUGGGAAGGGCUAGGCAAGGGAAGAAGCGCUUUGGAAGCUCCUGGCCUCGCUUUGCUAUUGGCUAGUCCUUUUCUAGAGCCUGGUGGUUGAUAUUUUUUUUUGUGGUGGAUUUUUUUUUUGUCUCUGUGUGUGUGUGUGUGUGUGUGUGUGUGUGUAAUAAUAUUCGAGAGGCAUGCCCAGCACGUCCCCAGUGUUGGCAGGCAGGGCUUGCUGUGCUGCUUUUUGCUGCUGCCGCCGCUGCUGUUCCUUUUAAAAACACCAUGAUAAUAAUACUCAAAAAGCAGCGUGAAGUAGUGCUGUACUGUGGAAGGUUCUUCAGCAGAAGGAAGCAAGAUGGCUACCUUGUGGGUUUUGCUGUGAAGAAUGCAGAGCCUAAUUAAACCCGACUCUGAAGGGGGGGAAGGUUACUACUAUUUUUCCCCCUCCUUCCUCGCUAACCCGCUUUCCCCCCGUUUUCUUUUUGUUUUGACUCCGGUGACUUCAACGCCUAAAGUCUACUCAUCAGUUCCUUCUUAAGUUCUGCAGCGAGAGAGAGAGAGAGAAGCCCGUAUGGUUCUGCUUUAAAGUCUUCUAAUGUUACAAGGCGGGUGCGGUGGGGGAAUGCUUAAAAAUAAAUAUUUGCUUUAUUCACAAAGGCUUACUUUGCAAUUUGAUAUCUUUCUUUAGGUGCUAACUGAAAACAAAAGGCCUCAGAGGAGAAAGCAAAGAGUUCAAAAGGUAAUAACGGAUCAUUUAAUUUAUUAAUAAUUACAGAAAAGCAAACCCCAACCUGUCUUACACACUUUUUUUUUUUGGCCAUGAAAUAGGCGGUAGAAGAGUGGAAAUUCUAGAAGGUAUUAGUUUCCUGAUUUUUAUAUUUAGGGUGAAUAUUAAAAGCUCAUAACAUUUUUGUCUUUCCCUCAGUAUGAUGAAGUGUGUUUUGUAGAGAUUUAACUCUUUGUGCACAGAGUUGCAGGAUAGAAUUUUAAAUUACUUGUGAUGCACUGAAAAUGACUUGUGUCAUCCUUGAUUCUUAAAGGCUGCGGUCCUAAACAUGCUUAUUAUGAUGGAGUCGGUCCUACUGAAGUCAAUAAGAGUUAUUUACAAGUAAAUGUGUUUAGAAAUUGUGCUGAAAGCAACCCUUUGGUUCUUAGAGGAGGGCUGUCUUCAUACAGAUAUCAGGCUGUGUGUAUGUUAACCGUGGAAUGAUAAUAUCUGAGUAUUAAAUGUUUGGUGUUCUUGCAUCCCCCCCCCCCCCAAAUGAAUUGCUUAUUGUUUUGUAAAAUUGACACAUUCAGGUAAAUGUGGCCUGCAAGUGGUAAUUAAAAAAUACUACAGGUAUGCAUUUUCUUCAAUAAGUGUGUGUUGAUCUGAAAAUGGUUUUUAAAUCGGGCGGCGUUCCAUAAGUGUUUUGGUGUGGUGUGGAGCUGCUGAAGCAAAAAUCGGGAGGGGAAAAAACCCUAGUGCAUAUUCGGUGUUUCUUGUGCAUAUAUAAAUGGCAACCCUGUUCUCUUCAGUGAGUCAGGGAAUUCCUGUACACGUGCAGAGGAAAUCCCUGUUUACGAUGGGGAAUCCCCAUCCCAUAGUAGAGAAUUAGGGCCCCUCCCACACAAGCAGAGUGCUGAAUGUCAUUGGAGCUUUCCAGAAUUCUGGAUCAUGGCGGAUGUAUUUAGUCUCAGGAUUCGAAAGUGAAAAUGUAUUGCGCGUUUAUGUUGCCAUAUUUGUACUGGGGUGUUUGCCUCCAACUCUGACAUAGCGGCAUGUUCUGUAGUGUGACUGAAGUCCUGGCAAACUUACUAACUUGCUGGUACACCAUGCGUUAGCUUCUGUGACCAGGCUGGAAGGUCUGUGGAUGUUGUUCUUUUGUGGUAAGAAUACUUGGUAUGAGUGUAGUAAUAGUUAACAUGUAUUUUGCUGUGUGUGAUAGCUUGCAGUUUAUUUAGAAACUAUUCAUAUGGUCCUUAAACAAAGCAGUUGUGUUAUAAAGAUAAUUAUUUUUUAAAAAUAAAAACCUAUAGACACUUAAAGUAGAUUUUAGGAGAAAAUUAAGUAUCCUUAAAAUCUCCACUUUGAUAGACUAGGCUGCAAUCCUGUGCACACUUAUCCAAGAGCACCCAGUGAACCUAGUGGGGUUUGUUCCUGAGCAAAUGUGCAUGGGAUUGUGCUAUUUAUUUGAAUGUGCUAUAGUUGGAUUUGUGUUUAGGAUGCUAAAGUAUACUUGAAUUAUGUGUGUGGACACACUUGAAUUUGAAAAAAAAGUAUUCAUAAUUUUAUUUGCACUGUGCUUAACAUAUUAUCUUCCAAGUGCGAGCAUUUUAUGUCUUUUUUUAUUUGGAUCUGAAAUACAUGGUUGAUUUCUCUGCCAUUAGAAAUAAUGUCAUGUUUACAAUGCUGUGUGCUUGCAAAUUAAAUAAUCAUUUUGUUGGCAUUUUUAAUUGACAACCCAAAAAUUUAGGCUGCAGUCUGGUUUGGACAUCAGUUCCAUCAAAAUCAAUGGGUUGUAAAUUCAAGUAAAUAAUUUUCUUUUUGGAUACUGGUUCCAAUAUGUAAGAAGCAAUUGUACUAUUAUUUUUUACAAUGGAGCCAACCAGUCAAUCUAUUGAGCAUAGUCUACUGGGAUGUUCUUUUGCCAUUCAUUUAGCUCCAUUGUACUCUUGUGUGGCUCUCAUUCAUUUCUAGCAUCAUUUAUUUAUUUAUGUUUUUAUUUUCAGCUGCUGUGGGAAGGCAGCCUUAACAGCAAAUAAAUAAAGAAAAGCUUCCUAGUGGAUUGUCUCAGUUUUACUACAUUGAGGAUAGUGGCACUUAGCUGACUUUGCUGAAAGGGUGCAAUCUAGACUUCACAGGUGUCAUUGUGGAGGCCCUCGGGGUACUUGCUGGAUUAGAAAUUGCACCCAGUUAGUUGCUGAUGCUGCCUCUAACCUGGCAGGCACCCAGUGCAAAAUUAAAGGACCCAAGACCUCUGGAGCACAUUUAUUGCUUUUUGUGGACACUUGCCAAGUUGAAAGCAGUAUGUUGUGCGCAUCACUUCCAACAUGAUGAGCAUCCCAUGUUAGACGACAGGGAUUCAGGUAGGCACUUGUCUCCAACCUGGGUUGAGGUAGGGAGCUGCAAACUGGCAGGAUUAAGUUUUGCUGCAGCCUAUGUGCCACCAGUUGGCUUUCCCAGGGCUUCUGUUCCACUGUGCUGUUGAUCAUUAGUGCUUUCCAGAAGCUGAUUGCUUAUUGUAUUGGUCUUUCCUUAAAUGGGUCGGAAGGUUUAACAGUGGCAUUAAGUUUAGAUCAAUGAAUGUGGUGCCCUCCUGUUGUUUUGGAGAGCAACUUGCAUCUAUCCCAGCCAGCAUGGUCAGUGCUCAGGGCAAUUGCAGUUCAGCAGCAUUGAGAGGGUACCACAUCAGCUUCCCCUAAUCUAGAUAGUUUGAUUUGCAUCUGUUAAUUUUAGAGCAAGCUUAAAUCAGACCAAGUAGCACUGGGUUCUUUAUAUUUCAUGUCGUUAGAUUCUUCUUGUAUGAGGGCAUGUUACUGUAUGUUGCGAUUACUCCUAAUAUUCUGUUUCCCUCCUCCACGUACCUUGGCUUCUCAGCUCUAUGUGACAUCUUUCUUGCCCUAAAAGAUAAUUUAAUUUUGUUUCCUUACUGUUUUGAGAUAAGAACAUUCCCUGCUCUAAUCUGGUGUCGUAGCAUGCCUCCUGUAUUUCUCUCUCAUUUGGAAACAGUGUUCGAAACUCCCAGUGUUCUAGGUGCAUUUUGCGACAGGGAAUUUCAUUAGCGCAAGCAGCUUCUGAGCUCUGGGCACAGUGCUGCACCUAAGAUUUCAAAUUAAAAAUGCAGACUGGAAGGGAAGGAGGACCUUUUUCUGCCUCCCCACUUCCAGCUACUCUCUGAAGGCUGGAGAAGAGACCCUCUUAAGAAUAUUAGGGGGGUGGGCAGGGAAAGGACUAGACCAUGUGAAUAAACAACAUAAUAUUUUAGUUGCAGUUCAUUCAUUUUCAACUUUGUAUUCUAGUUUUUUUUUUAAAAAAUGCCUAGACACUCAUUGCAGCACCCAUAACCUAGGUUCAAGGUUCUAUUUAGCUCCUAGCUUUCAUAUCAGUUUCUAACACUGUUUUGAAAUCCAUAAGCCCUUGCAUGUAUUUAAUAAUACGUUUUAAACGUCUGUGUUACCCACCAGGCAUUAGUAUUUUGUUAUAUAGUGUAUUCUUUUAGACUGUGCCUUUUUUGCCAGACAUACUUAACAAUCCAAUCCUUUGCACACUUUCUUGGGAUUUACUGUCAUAAUACCCAGCUGUCCUUUUCAUCCACUUCUGCAGUCAUGGUCUGGAUAUGGUGAGGAGUUGGGAUGCAUAUAAUCCUUUAUAGUUGUUCAAAGAGGACUAGAGAUAGUAGUCAUUAAGCAUUUUGAACUUUAAAGGCUGCCAUUUCCGGCAUGGUCAUGAGGGAGUAAAUCACUUUAAACUCUGAGGGACAUACUUCUGAGGAAACAUGUAUAGGAUUAUGCUGCCUGAGUAUUUAUACAUUUAUCUGGACUGAUAAACAUAGACAAAGACAGAUUGACUUCGUGUUCAAUCUGGAGAAAGCUGGGCAUAUUGAACUGUCAUAUAAAUCUUAUCAAUUUUAGCCUAUAAUUCUCAAAUUCUUUUAAUACCACUGGGAUUUAGGCGGACAGGAAGAUAGACCUAACUUCCUCUGGAUUGAUUCUGUGCAAUACAUGUCAGGGAACUGCCAUCGGACGGAAGGGAGGUGAAAGGGCUCACACAGGUUGGGAGAGACGCAGCAGCUGAAGAGGGAACCAACAGGGAGGUGAAAGGGCUCACACAGGUUGGGAGAGACGCAGCAGCUGAAGAGGGAACCAGCAGGGGAGAGGAGCUGAGCUGGAGGGAUGGCUCAGAGACACUUCCAGCGAAAACAGUGGGAAGUUUCAGGACCUCCUGUAAGAACACCCACUCCUCGCCGGAAACUGUCACGCAGAGAUUCCAGAAGACGGGUUUCCGUUAAGGAGCUUUUAUGUUGGAAGCGAUUACAAAAGCAACCACUGUCGGAAUCUGCUAGUGACUAGAGUAGCCAUGUCUGAGGGGCUCCGUCACAGACAGAGGUUUGUGGACUUGAACAAACUCUGAGGGGAUACGAUUUUACGCACAAGCAGCUCAUCAUCCCAUCACAGCAUUCCGACAGUCUUUGAAAGCAGCUUGUGCAGGAGAAGGCAUCAUGAGCAACAGCCGGAACCGGGCUUAGGAGCUGGAGGGCGGGUCCAAGCCUGGGUUGUGGGUUGCAAACAGGGAGCCGAUCAGUCCUUGAGUACUGGACUGAGUUCACCAUGCUUGUUCACAGAUGGGGGUGGGACUUAUCGGCGGCACCCAUUCAAAUGCUCUUUGAAGAAGGGCUUUCUUCGGCUGUGAAGACGAACUUUCCGGGGCGCCCAGGGCGGAGUCUGUGGGCCAGCUGACCAAAUCAGCGCUGGCUGCGGAGCGCGCCAGGAGCGAGAGCAUUGGAGGCGGGAAGGAAGGGGAGCGUUGGAAGAGGUUCCGCAUUCCAGACAUUCAAACCAACUUUCCCACAGCAGAGCCGAUGGAAAUCGGAACAGCGCGGCGCCGGUUUCAAAGCCCAGUGAGGGGGCAAGAAGGAGGAAAAGGCGCGGAAGUACUAUCUCUGCCAACAGCCAGGUCACUUUGCAGAGUCUGCCCCAGAGAAGAAUGGCAAGGGAUGGUAGGAGCUGUGGAUGGAAGAGAGGAAAAUAUACCGGAGCAAGUAAAAGCCAACGCCUGGCUGCCACUGUCAGGGCACAGCAGCCAGGCCAAAGAGCAGUGAGAGUGCCCACGCCAGAACCUCCUAAACCCGCCCUAGUGAUAGAAGUGACGCUAGAGCUGCCAAACGGACACCCUCUAAAGAUAAAGGCGCUGUUGAACUCAGGCAGCUCCUGCAAUUUCAUGAGCAAAGAGUUUGCAGCUGAACACCAGAUACAGACAAUCCUUUAAGCAGCCCCCUGCAGGUUACCACGAUCGAUGGCAGGGAGCUGUUGGGUGGAGAAGUCAGCUUGCAGACCGUCCCAAUGAUAAUGAAGGUAGCAAGGCACACCGAACUGAUAGCUUUUAAUGUGGCCACCUUGGGAGGAGCUCCCAUUAUAUUGGGGAUGAGCUGGCUAGCGUUACAUGAUCCGCUGGUGGGCUGGCAUCAGAGAGUGGUUUCUUUUGGUUCAGCACAUUGCUUAGAACACUGCAAAGAGGGAAAGGGUUUGGCAGGGGUCCAAGCCACCCUAGCAGGGACUGAAGUAACAGAGAACGUGAAGGUACCACGACAAUAUGCAGAUCUCCGUGACGUCUUCAGCGAAAGGGAGGCUGACCAACUACCCCAGCAUAGACCCUUUGACUGUCAAAUCAACUUACUCCCUGGAGCACAGCUCCCUGUAGGCAAGCUGUACGCCAUGUCAGACAGAGAGAUGCAGGAGUUAAGAGAGUUCAUUGACAAGAACCUGAAGAGAGGGUUCAUCAGAGAGUCGAGGGCGGGGGGGGGCAGCCCAGGGUUUGUUGUGGAUAAAAAAAAAAAACAACAAGCCGAGGCUGGUGUGUGACUUCAGGGCCUUAAAUGCAGUGUCAGAACCAGUAGCCUUCCCUAUGCCCAGGAUUGACGACAUUUUGACAAGGGUGCGGAAGGGAAAGAUUUUCACAAAGCUGGACCUAAGGGGGGCGUACAACCUGGUACGAAUAAGGAAGGGGGAUGAAUGGAAAACCACUAUGUUCACCCCUUUAGGGGCAUUUGAAUAUUUGGUUAUGCCCUUCGGCCUACAAGCAGGCUCCGCAACAUUUCAAUCAUUUAUGAACCACGUCCUGGGGCCUUUGCUUUACAAGAAUUGUGUGGCCUUUUAGACGACGUGUUGGUGUAUUCUGAGAAUGAGGAGCAGCAUGUGAGAGACGUCAGAGAAGUGUUGAGCAGGCUGCAAGCCAACCAGCUGUGGGUGAAACUGGAGAAGUGUCAGUUUCAUACCAAGGAGGUGGAAUUCCUGGGGUAUCGCCUGUCAGACAAGGGAUUGGCCAUGGAUCCCGGCAAGGUCCAGGCGGUACUGGAAUGGAAAACACCCAAAACAAAGAAGGAUGUGCAGAGGUUCCUAGGAUUUGGGAACUUCUAUCGUAAGUUCAUCCGAAACUUUGCCCACCUGACGGCGCCCAUUACGGACUGUCUCAGCAGUAAGAAGAAGUUCGUGUGGACUGAGGAGGCGGAGCGAGCAUUUGAGGAACUAAAAGGGCCUUCGCCUCGGAACAACAACUCCUGCAUGUGGAUUUACAAAAACCGAUGAGAGUGGAAACUGACGCAUCAGACAGAGCGAUUGGGGCGGUGCUUCUGCAGCCAGGCAAGAAGGGGUCAGAGUGGAGACCGUGUGCCUUUUUUCGCGAAAGCUGAACAAAUCCGAGAGGAACUACACGGUGUAUGACCGAGAACUACUAGCCAUUCAUGAGGCGUUCCGGAGAUGGAGGCACCUGCUAAUUGGCGCACAACAUAAGGUGCAAGUGUGCACUGACCACAAGAACCUAGAGUAUUGGAGGACGGCACGAGUGCUCAACCAACGGCAAGUGAGAUGGGCCCAGGAGUUCUCCAAAUUUAACUUUGAGAUUAGUUACGUGCCAGGCCCAGAGAACAUUAGGGCGGACGCUCUCUCACGCAAACCUGAAUAUUUGGAGGGGGAGGGGGCACCCGAAGAGAGACAUGUUAUUCCAGAAGACCGCUGGGUGUGUGGGGCGGCAUUGGUGGGACAAAGAGAACUGGUAGAGGAAACAGAGAAUGAUGAAUACGCCCAGAAUAAGCUCAGAGGUCUUAGGGGUGAUGGAGAGGAACCAGGGGUUUUGAGGAAAGAAAUGGAGCUUUGUAUUACAAAGGGGCACUGUAUAUCCCUGAAGGAGAGUUAAGGGGAGGGUACUCAAGCAGUUGCACGACAGCCCUACGGCGGGGCAUUUUGGACAACACAAAACCAUGUGGUUGGUCACCAGGGAAUUUUGGUGGCCUAAGGUGAGGGAAGAUGUACGUGAGUAUGUAAGAGGGUGCGAGCAAUGCCAGCGAGCCAAAGGGGAAAGGCGGGCGCCGGCGGGGCUAUUAGAACCCUUACCAACCCCAGAACGACCUUGGGAGGCAGUGUCGAUAGAUUUUAUGACUGAUCUGCCGAAGUCCAAAGGGAAAACAGCCAUCAUGGUGGUGGUAGACCUACUAACAAAGAUGUGCCACUUUGUAGCUUGCUCGCAUGCAGUCACGGCGGAAGAGACAGCGAAGUUAUUUGUAGAAAACAUUUUUAGGUUGCACGGGGUGCCAUUGAGGGUGGUCUCAGACCGAGGAAAACAAUUUACUUCCAGGUUCUGGAGGAAGCUCAUGAGCUUACUGCAGGUGGAGGUCAAUUUUUCGACUGCCCGGCACCCUGAAACCAACGGGCAGGCGGAAAGAGCAAACGGUGUCCUCCAGCAAUACCUGAGGUGUUAUGUCAAUGACAGAGAGAAUGACUGGGUAGAAAAGUUGGCGCUGGCGGAAUUUGCCUACAACAAUGCCGAGAAUGUGUCCACAGGGAUGAGCCCCUUCUUGGCUAAUUAUGGGUGUCAUCCCAGGGCUUUCCCAGGGGAGAGGGGAGAGAUGGAGCGUCCCGGCAGCCGAGCAUUUUGUGGAAGAAAUGGAAGCAAUCCAUCGUCAGCUCCAACUCAACUUAGAAAGGGCGAAGGAAGAAUACAAGAGGCAGGCAGACAAGAACCGAAGGGAAGGUGAAACCAUAAGGGUGGGAGAUAGGGUGUGGCUGUCAACCCAAGGGUUGCCGUUCAAAGGAGGUUGUAAGAAAUUAAGACCCAGGAGGUUGGGUCCCUUUGAGGUCAUUCAACAGGUCAACCCAGUGGCUUUCAGGCUCCGGUUACCCAACCACAUGAAACUGCACCCAGUAUUUCACAGGUCGUUACUGUCACCGUACGAAGGAGGACGAGAAGGGCUGGCCCCUCGGGGACCGGUCGUAGAAGAAAGAGAAUGCAGCAGCCAUGUGGCAGAAAUCCUCGACGCCAGGUGGAAGGGGGAUCAGGUGGAGUAUUUGGUAGCGUGGGAAGGAGAACCGGAGUCAGAAAACACUUGGGUAAUGGCUGAAGAUAUCAAUGACGAGGUAUUGAUAGAAACGUUCCAUCAAAGGUUCCCAAGGAAACCUCAGCCUGUGGAGAGGUUCCGGAGGGAAUACUUUGGGACCACUGAUGAAGGGAGGAGUUGGAAGGAUUCCCGGACUCGGAAGGGGAAGGGGAGAUGGACUCUGAGGAGGAGGUGUACUUCGAGACCAGGAACCGCAACAGGUUGAGAGAAGUGUUCGAGACAUCGGAAGAUGAAGGAAGUUCAUUCCGGGUUUUGCCUCCUCACCGCCCGUAGAGGAGGGGGCGAGAGGGGGUGAAGGGGGCCCUGGAGGGGAGGUGGAUGUCAGGGAACUGCCAUCGGACGGAAGGGAGGUGAAAGGGCUCACACAGGUUGGGAGAGACGCAGCAGCUGAAGAGGGAACCAACAGGGAGGUGAAAGGGCUCACACAGGUUGGGAGAGACGCAGCAGCUGAAGAGGGAACCAGCAGGGGGAGAGGAGCUGAGCUGGAGGGAUGGCUCAGAGACACUUCCAGCGAAAACAGUGGGGAAGUUUCAGGACCUCCUGUAAGAACACCCACUCCUCGCCGGAAACUGUCACGCAGAGAUUCCAGAAGACGUGUUUCCGUUAAGGAGCUUUUAUGUUGGAAGCGAUUACGAAAGCAACCACUGUCGGAAUCUGCUAGUGACUAGAGUAGCCAUGUCUGAGGGGCUCCGUCACAGACAGAGGUUUGUGGACUUGAACAAACUCUGAGGGGAUACGAUUUUACGCACAAGCAGCUCAUCAUCCCAUCACAAUACAUUAGUGGGGAUUUAAAAAAUGUUCUUCAAUGGGAUAUAUGUGGUUGGGUGUUUCUGUUGUGCACGCAUAUUGUAGGGCAGGUGUAGGCAACCUAAGGCCCGUGAGCCGGAUGCAGCCCAAUCGCCUUCUCAAUCCAGCCCAUGGACAGUCUGGGAAUCGGCGUGUUUUUACAUGAGUAGAAUGUGUGCUUUUAUUUAAAAUGCAUCUCUGGGUUAUUUGUGGGGCGUAGGAAUUGGUUCAUCCCCCCCCAAAAAAAUAUAGUCCUGCCCACCACAUGGUCUGAGGGAUGGUGGACAGGCCCACGGUUGAAAAAGGUUGCUGACCCCUGUUGUAGGGCAUCUUAACUUUUUUUAAAAAGGAAAGUCUGAUUUUAAAACUACAUAUUGUAUUAUCUAUCUCACAAACAUGCUGUUCAAUUUCUGUUAUUUUAGAGGUGGUCAUAGCAUGCCACUAGUCAUGUUAAUGAUCUGUGCUGAUUAUUAGGUGUACCCUGUUUCAGGGUGGGGUUUUUAGGUAUUUUUUAAAAAGCCACUUAAAAAAAUCCAAACGAAUAAGUAAUGCUUUCAGACGCAAAUGCUUUUUCCUAAAUACUCAAAGAUAAUCGGUUAGCUUGCUUUUGGCAGGUUUCAGACUUUGAGGUAUACAGUACAGAUAGCUGUGGAAUUUUCCCUUCCAAAUUUCAAGGGUUAUUACCGAUUUACACUUUAAUGGACUUCACAAAUUCUCAAUAGUUUAUUGGCCACCCUAUACAAUGCUUCCAAUGUAAAUUACCGUAUUUUUUGCACCAUAACACUCACUUUUUUCCUCCUAAAAAGUAAGGGGAAAUGUCUGUGCGUGUUAUGGAGGGAAUGCCUACGGGUGGCAUGCCUACGGAUUUUCCUCCUCUAAAAACUAUGUGUGUGUUAUGGUCGGGUGCGUGUUAUAGAGUGAAAAAUACGGUAAUAAACCACUAAUAUAUCUCACAAACAUGUAGAAAACGUCUGCUCCUAACAAACCAGUUUGUGGCAUUUAGUUGCCAUAUGUAAAAUAGUAAAAGUGAUUUUUAAGAAACUUUACUGUUGGCGACUUAAGGAUUUAAUGCUUACGGCACCAUCCAAAGUCCCCCAUAGCACUUAGCAGCUGUCCGUAGCUGAGCUAAUGGUGCUCAUUGGGCCGUGACACUUGUGUCUGCAAAGGUCCUCUGUUACAUUGGAGAACAUAGAAGCAAGAAGGUGGAGCAGACAGAGAGGGAACUCAAGAGGUUGGAGGAAUGAAGGGGAAUUUUGUAUUGGAAAGAAAAUACCAUCCAUCGUACUGACUAGCCCUUGGCAAGUUUAGAAUUAAAUCAGUGUGUUGGCAGUGGAUAAUAGAUGUGUGAGGAUUGGAGAUUCCUCUUAAUAUGAAAGGAAUACUAACAAGAUCACACCUGUCGAGCAGUGGCAGGUAUGGAAGAGAUGAGAACAAGCUGUCAGGUCAGAAAGACAAUGUAACUAGGAACAGAAUCAUCAUGAAGCUAGGUGAAGGUAUCAUUCUACAAUUACUUAUGGGAUAUAGGUGUCCAUGGAGGCAGCACUUCAUUUAUUAAUAUACACUGUAUAAGAAUGCUACCCAGGAGUUGGAUUUAGCUUAUGCCCUCUAGAUAAUCUCAAACGAUGAUUAAACUUCUCCAAGAGGGCUAAGUGAAUUGGAGAUUCUAAGGAGCAAAGCAGAGGUUUCGGUGUCACACAGUGAAUUGGAGGGACGUGGGGUCAAGUGUAGAGAUGGUAUCUGAUUUAUGCUGCAGUAAAUUAGUGGUUCAAAUGAGCUUACAAUGUGAAUCGCUAAAAGCUGUCGCUCUCUGCCCUCCCCCUCCAUCCUUGAAAGAGUUUUCUAUGUUAUGUUGCCAGAAGCAUACAGAAAAGUUAAACAUACAUGUUUUGAAAAAUAUAAAAUAGUUCCCUUAAGCCCUACAACUGACAUUUCCUUCCUACCUUCAAGAACAGUUGAGAAAGUUAUCCAUCAAAUAACCAGUUCACAAAGCGCUACUAGUGCAUUGCUUCUUAAUAUAAUUGUGUAACUUAAAAUAGGCAGAUGGUUAUAGAAAGAAAAAGGCAUAUCUAAUAAAGGUUAUUGGUAAAUUAAUAAUAAUUAUUAUUAUAUUUAUAUGCUGCCCAUCUUGCUGGGUUACUAAUUCAAUAUCUGUAUACAGCUUCAAUGAAAUCCACCAAAAGUAACAUUUACUUCAAUACAAUGAUAUGAGAUGUGUGGCUUUUUGCAAAAGCAGCUAAUGGCAGAGGCAGUGUAUCAUCCACCAGUUUUUAAGAGGCACAACAGAUGCAUAGAAAUAUGCAAUAAAGUACACUUUGAUGUUUGCUUUCCGCAUACUAAGCUAUGCUUAGCAUUUGGUGUGAAGUCAAGAACCUGCAGUUGGGCAACACUUUUAUUAGGGCCAAUUGAAGCAUCCUAAAAUAAUGACCAAGCCUUUUCUCAGACCAAUAUGGCUUCCUUUGCUUAGAAUAAGACUAACUUGUGUUGUGCAUCUGAUUCAUUGAUCUAAAUACUUAGCAGGCAGGAUUUAAAAACUCAGUUUCUGCCUGGGACAAAUUUGCUAAACCCUUGUAGAGUGGUGUAUUACAGUUCCCUCCUUCAACAAAUUGAAUGAAAUUGUUUGGGAUAUAACCUGGUAUCACUGGUCUUGGGAUUCACUCAUAUUUUGAUAUCUGAGCUGAUGAAGUCAUUGCAUUGUUUUAACUUCCCUUAACUUGUGUAAUUUCCAUAUUGGAGUGUUUUCUUUAACAAUGGCUCCAUGUGGGAGAAAAUGGGUAGUAAUGCUGCUGGGUGGAUACCUCAGCCUUAAAUGUGUGAGUUGGCCCUACAUGACGUACAAUGUUUCUGUAACUUAAAUGAACUGGAUGGUCAAAUGCAGGCAUAGGCAAACUCGGCCCUCCAGAUAUUUUGGGACUACAACUCCCAUCAUCCCUAGCUAACAGGACCAGUGGUCAGGGAUGAUGGGCGUUGUAUCCCAAAACAUCUGGAGGGCUGAGUUUGCCUAAGCCUGGUGAAAUGUAACAAGUCAAAUAUGGUGGCAUACUGGGAUAGGAUGAGAGUUAUAUUUAUUAGUACAGAGGGCACUCAAAUCAGAAAAUGAUCAGAUAAACAAGAUAAUAGCUGAUGAAGUGGCACAGUCCCGUGUCAUUUCAGUAAGUUCUAAAAGUGCCAAAUCUACUUUUGGAAAAGAGGUUGUUGAGGCCAACUGCACAGCGGGAGUUAAAAAGCAGGAACAGUAAGCGAGAUCUAGAAUCCAUAAUAGCAGGCGCAGUUCUAAUGGAGUACUACGACUUCAUACGUUUGCUUUAAAAUUCAGUUGAUUCUCAUAAGCACAUAAGACAAGCCUGCUGGAUCAGGCCAGUGGCCCAUCUACUCCAGCAUCCUGUUCUGACAGUGCCCAACCAUAUGUCUGGGAAGCCUUGAAAGCAGGACCUGAGUGCAACAGCAGUCUGCCCACCUGCAGAUCCCAGCAGCUGGUAUUCAGAGGCAUAUUACCUUUGACAGUGGAGGUAGAAAGGUAGGCAUCAUAACUAGUAGCUGUUUCUAGUCUUGUCCUCCAUGAAUUUGUCUCAUCUUUUAAAGCCUCACAGAUAUUCCAUUGGAUGUGCUCACAGUUGUUUGUUCAUAAUUCAUUAUUUCGUGUGUCAGAUGAAGCAGAGCCAGUAUUGUUAGGUUCUAUAAACACAAGUGGGUCUAUUCUAAGCAAAAGCAGGAAAUGUCUAAAAUAAAUACUGGGUUCUAUUCCUGCUUUAUUUGUUUCUUGUAUGAGUGGCGUUUUAAAGUGCAAGUUAGCAAAAUGUUUUGUUUCCCAUGUGGAAUGACUGUAUAUUUAUAUAAUGCCAUCCAUCCUUGCACUGGGCGCAAGAGGAUAGGUCCCUGCCCCAAGGAGCUAACAACCUAAAAUCUUACAUGGAAGAAACAACUGAGAAAUGAAAGGGGGAGAGAAGGGGAGGCAGAUAGGGAAGCAGUGUGCUUUUGUUUCAGCUUUGUGUACUUCGGCUUGUUUAGAGGCUUAGUUGCAGUAGGGUAUGGGAAAGUGGGGUGUUGAGCUAGAGGCUUCACAGAAAACUUAGGUUUUAAGGAGGCAUUUGAAUAGAAUAAGAGGUGGCAUCACUGCGGUCAUCUUAGUGGUAAUUCCAAGCAGAGGGGCAGAAAGAGCAGUCUUUUGAGGGGGCAACAGACCUGUGAAGGGUGCUAAAACUGUAGGAGCAAGGGCUGCAUGCAGAGAUAGAGCACACACAUUCUUGUUGCUUUUCCUGGCAUUUUCUCAAUAUUUGAGUCUGUUUUCCUGAGCAAACAAGAAGUUGUGUAUUACUUGUCCCUGCUUUGUGCUGCACAGGUGCUUGUGGACUUAUGGCAUUGGACAUGAUAUCUUGAUUUUUUAGACAACUGUGAUCUUUGGAAGAACCGGGCUCAAAAUGUCCUUCAUGCUUUUGAUUUGAUUUUUACAUUUAUGUCUGAAGGUGGCAUAUAUGGUUCUGCAUCUCAGAGCAGAGCCUCCAUGAAGUUCAGCUUCUCCAACCUGCUGUAACCUGUUCUGGAUUUUUUUGGGACUGGAACUCUCAUCAUCCCCAGCCUACACCAGCUGCUGUAGGGGCACUAAGUUGCCCUGCUUGGUUAUUUUCCCUGUGGCAUCUUGUUGUAGGGAAAAAUAUAUAAAGCUGAGCUGCUGAUUGGUCUUUCCCCAUCCAACAGUUGCAACAAACUUUGGACACAUCUGCUGACUAAAACCUUCCAGUGUCUCUCCUCUUUCAGCACUGCAAUAUUGCCAAACUUUUCCAAUUAAUGUUGCAGUCUUUCCAGAUGCCAUCAUAAGAAGGAAGAAAUAACUGAUUUCAUUUUUGGUUGUUGUUUUUUUAAAAAAGCUUUUCUAUAUUUAUUGAUAUUGUAGUUGCCCUCUUCUCACACACUUUUGGAAAAAAAAUUCCUCCUAGAAACAAAAAAUGACAUUGGGUGUUUGGGAUGCUGAUCUGCAAAAAUAGCUAUGCAAUUAUUGUGAGGAUAGUAUUAUCCAAAUUAUUGUUCUGCCUAGUAGUUUUGAUUCUAUCACUGCUGGACAUUUGUUGCCCAUUUAAACACAGAGAUAGCAAUGAGCUGGAUACAAGCACAGACUGCCGUUUAAGGCUAGAAGAGGCAGGAAGAGCCCAAGCUGUGAGUAGAGGUGACCCAGUCCUACCUUACAAAGCAACAGUGUGCUCACAUUUAUUUUAUGUAUUUUUAUACUUUUAUCCUACCUUUCCUCCAAGGAACCUGAGGUGGCAUGCACACUUUUAGCCUCACAACAACCCUGUGAGGUUAGGUUAGGCAAAGAGAGAGUGACUGGCCCAAGGUCACCCAGUGAGCUUCAGGACUCAGUGGGGAUUUGAACUCUGCUCUCCCAGGUUCUAGUCUGACACUCUAACCACUACACCACACUGGUGGAGGCAUCUUGGAAUAAUCCUGUAAUAUUAAAGAGCUGAUAGACCUUUUUGUUAGGAAGCUGCGGGGGGAGGCAAGCUUUGCCUUUCUUCUCUUGGGCUACCAGCCACUCCUUCACUUCCCUUUACCUGCCAGUCAGCUUGGUAAGCUAUGUUUGCUUCCUUUUUUCCCUUGGUUAAGGGAACCAAGCCUCCCUACCGACUCUCUCUGUUUUAGGACUUUGGCAAGCCUUUCAGAGCUCUCUUCCCCAAACACCUUACAGGUGUCUACUGUAGGUAGUAUUAGCAGCCUUGUGGAACUAUGUUCCCUCUGGUUCCUAGGGCUGCUGGUUCUGCUAUGUGUGUUGCCACUGUAAUGUGAUACUGUACUGUGGAAGCUGUAUGUGUAGCCUUUUCUGGCAAGUGCCCCACAUUGGGCAGGUGCAGUUUAUUAUUUGGUUAUCUGCUCAGGGCAAUGGCUACUUGUCACAGGCAAGUAGGCAAAUUGCAAGUAUAAUUGACUGUGGUUGAGAUUCCUGCAUUGCGGGGGUUGGACUAGAUGACUCUCGGGGUCCCCUCCAACUCUACAGUUCUGUGAUUCUGUAAUGCGGGAGAAGUGUGUAACCUCUGUUCAAACAACUAUUUUCUCAACACUCCUUGCCCCUCCACCUGCCUCCUGCCCUUUUGGGCUAUAACAUUCUUAUGUAAAAGAGGACCUGCUGUUAAAAGUUAACUGAUCCUUGCCUUUGCCAUAAAGGUGCCAGUUCUUGCAGCAGCUUGCUGCCUUGUUGAGGUGAAUGGUGCUCUGACUCCACAGUGUUGAUUUUUGACAGUGAAGAGCACUUUCCUUAUUGCUUCUCUUUUUAAGCAACUUUGCAUCCAUAGUAGGUACAUUAGCAGGUGCUCAAAAUAGGCUGGGUCAGGGUAGAUGGCAGAGGCAGGUGUCAUGAGUCCUGUGGCAUCAGCUGUGACAGGGUGGCAAUGGCAGGAUCUGUCAGAGGAUGAGAACUCUGCGGUUGAGGUAGAGAUGCUUUUGUAAGGGACAGGGGGGAGUUGUUAGCUGGACGAGUUCCUACUCCAUCUCCUGAGUACAGAGUAGCGAAAGAGGCAGCUGGUAAUUUGGCAGAGGCAGCUGAGUUGGAGACAUAGGGAGAGUUUGAGGGUUGGGCUCAGGUCCUGUUGCCAAGGAUGCACCAGCAGACCCAGCAGCUGCCGCCGCCACCACCAGGAGCGGUCGCUUGUGACUGUGUGGUCCUUCUCUUUAAAAGCAGAGCAGGAGAGGUGUGUCAAGUGUCGGGACAACAUCUUUGGUUAUGCCUAGACAGGUAUCCCAGAACUCUGUUUAUAAACCGUUAAUAGCAGUGUUAGAAACUGAGAUAGGAGCCAAAUGGCUCCUAGGACCUGGGUUGUGGGCACCAAAACAGAAUGUCUAGUCACCAUUUGGGAGAGGUGGCAACACUUUUUAUUUAUUAUUUUGAUGAGCAUGAACUAAUACACAAUUCACAUAAUAAUGUUCAGGGAAGUUUUUAAUAUGUAACGCUGUACUGUUUUUAACACUUGAUUGGCUGGGGAAACUCAGCCAGAUGGGCGGGGUAUAAAUAAUAAAUUAUUAUUAUUAUUAUUAUUAUUAUUAUUAUUAUUAAGUUACACAUUGUUAACAUCACAUUUUAAACAUAAAUUGUUAAUACAUGUUUAAUUUGGUGUUUACAUUAAAAUUUUUGAUACCAUACUUCAGUUUUCAAAACACACUACUCUUUAUUGUUAAACUCCUUAACAUAUUGCCUAUCCUUAACAUAUACUUUGAGGCUUCAAAGCCCAUACAUUUCCAUAAGCCUUGAGUGUCAGCCAGGUGCAAAAAAUGGCACCCAGACUUUUUGAGGUGUUCGCAAAUGGAGAAUCUUUAGGUACAAAAUGUGCCUGGUGCCCUGCUAAUUUCAAAGUCUGGUUAGUAGACCUGAUGAUGAGGCCAUGGUUUUAUCACUAAAGUUUUUGGGAUUUCCCUAUCUAAGAGUAUUUCAUCCAAGGGUGGGAACCAGGACAUCCACACUGCUCUAAACUCUCACUGUGUUCCCUGUGUUAGAUGUUAAAACACCUGGGUGGUAGUUUUCGAGGUAGAGCUGAAGGAAGAGGAAGGAACGCCUUCAUUUGACUUUGUUCUUUUAAUAGCUCACCAUAAUAACAUGCUGUUUAUAAACUUGAAUUUCUGCACUAAAGAUCCUAUGUGGCCUCACAGUUUUGAUAAGCUUCCACUGGAUCUACAAAAUACUUUGUGUAUUUGUAGCAAGACCUGAAUGAUUAGCCCUAAUUUAAUUAAAAAUUCUUUUGCAAAGGAUCGUCAUUCUGUUAUUUGCUAUUCUUAACAUUUUGCUGAUUACUGCGAAACAGCAUCCUUUGUGGAUCUGAGGUUAUUCUAGGCGUUGCUGAUGUGGUACCCUCCAGAUAUUGCUGGAUUACAACUCCCAUCAGCUCCACCCAACAUGGCCAGUAGUCGGAGAUUAUCUUCUCAUGUAUCUGUAAAUGGCUAAGGAAUAGGAAGCAGAGAGGGAAGGAUGCAGUAGGUGACCCAUGCUUUUUAAGUUGUGUUUGCGUCUGAUACCAAACUGGCAGAAGUUUUCAUAAUGCGUUCCUGGUGUAAGGCAAACUAAAUAUGCUUUGGUACAUAAAGGGUAUCUUUGGGUAAAGGAACCCUUGCUGGAGGUGUAUGUGACCAGAUCUACCACUAGUUUCCUCUACAAAGCUUCUAGUUCCCUCUGGGUAAAAGUUCUGACUACUAUUAAUGAUUUUCUGAUGUGCCUGAAGCUGCUGGGCAGCCCACUCAACAGCCUUUUUCCAUAAAGGAAAAAGAGCUGGAAGCAGAGCAGUCAAUGAGCAGCAUUGUGUCUUCAUGUUUGUUUAGCAGGGUACAAAUAGGUAUAGCUUUGAGACCAUCUGGCAUUCUGCUUUCCCUGAGCAGUGCAUUGGUAAUACCAGCUAAUAAGGAACACAGCAUUGCCCUGUUGGCUUUCAUCUGUUAGGAUGGGCAUGGAUCCAAAUUGUGUUUUGUAGCUCAUGGGCCCACUCCAAUGUAUGCCCUCUGCAUCUGUAAAUGAGACUAAUUGAAACUGAUCCAAAUAAAACAAGCAAGACUGAGUUUGACAUCUCAAAUGCAGUUUAGUUUGGAGUCCCAGGCUGAACCAAAUGCAAGUGACUUGUUCUUGCCAAAUAGAUGGGGAAACCCAUCCCAACUGUCGUAGAUGGCUUAAUCUCUGUAAGGUGAAAUCCUGGAUUCACAGGCCCUCUCAUAAUUCUGAGCUGGUUAGCAGGAUGGCAUUGCACUGGUAAGUGGCAAGGAAGAUUUCAGUAUAGCCUUCAAAAUGCCAUUUUGAAAAUAAAACCAAAUAACAGAUUUAGCUGAAAUAUCCCCUUUUGUUUCUGGGUUUCAAGGCAAGGAGAUAUGCCGUAAUAAAAAAAUGGAAAAUGAUUCCUGCAUGCCACUGGCCAUGUUUACACAUAAUGAUAAGUCAAGGUUCUUGGUUUAUCUUUAACAAACGAUACUUUGCACAAGCAGAGUGCCUGUGUACUGUGUACAGAGUUGUGUACUUUUUGCUCCUUUCUUUGAAUGAGCAGGUAAACAAACCAGGAAGGGCAUAACAUCACAUUAUAUCUGAAUCUGGAAUUGUGGUUUGUUUUUCCCUAGCAAUACACAGUUUAUAAACCAAUGACAAACCUUGCUUUAAGGCUAGCUAGUGAUUUUGGCUUGUUAGAGAGAGAUAAACAAUUAUCAUAGGUUCAGAUAAUGGUAUCCCUUUUGUGGUUUUUACCAUCUCUUGUGAAGGGAUCAUCAAAGUGGGAAUUAGCAGGUUGUGUGCACUGUGUGGUUUGUUAAGCCAAGGCUGUUGACUAUUGGUACCCACAAACAUUGCCAAUGCGUUGUAGUCCAAUUUGUUGUGUGAUAGCUUGGUCAGGCCAUUGGAAAGUUAACCAUAAGGAUCAAUGUAUUUAUCCUCUUGAGAGUUCUAGAAUCCAGUUGGCUUCAUACCUCUUGAGGGGCAGGUCAGCCUUGCCUAUGACUCUGACCAAGAUUUUUGGGAGAGGGUCUCGGUUUUCAGCAGGUAAUUAAUUGUAUGAUAGCUCUAGAAUUUACAGAUCCCUCGCUUUUCUUCCGUACCUGCAAUUCUAGACAGACACUUUCUUGCAGCAUCUGGAUAACUGUAUGUCCUGAUACCUGAUACCGAGACCUGGCUGUAUGACUGGUAGGGUUUGGCCAGAAUCCAAUACAGUGGUACCUCGGGUUACAUACGCUUCAAGUCACAUACGCUUCAGCUUGCAGACUCCGCUAACCCAGAAAUAUUACCUCGGGUUAAGAACUUUGCUUCAGGAUGAGAACAGAAAUCGUGCUCUGGUGGUGCGGCGGCAGCAGGAGGCCCCAUUAGCUAAAGUGGUGCUUCAGGUUAAAAACAGUUUCAUGUUAAGAACGGACCUCCGGAACGAAUUAAGUACUUAACCCCAGGUACCACAGUAAUGGAUAACUGACCAUUCAUUUGCUGCUUCCCCUGUGCAUUAACAAAAGCUAUAAAUCGUUGGUAUAAUACUGCUUGGUAACUUUCAUUUCAUUUGUUUGUUUAUUAAAUUAUAUACCACCUUUUAUCCGAGGAUUGUGGGGUGGUUUACAAUAUAAAUAUACUUAACAAUCCGCUGAAGCUCUCUCCCAGCAGGAGACUAGUUGCCUCUUUAUCAUUUGGACUCUUCAGUUUGAUCAAGAUUGUUUUAGUUGUUGUUUUAAGAAAAGUAUUACUUUGUUGAGUUUUCAUAAUGGGUGGCACCAAGAACAGUAAGCAGACGUCCCCUCUCUCUAUUUGCAGAUAACAAAAUAAUUGCAAUUACCCUCCCAGUCUCUGGUUGUUCACUUCUUGGGGUGGGAGGGGGUUCACUUAAAGUUUAUUUAGAGAGAAAGAGGGAUCUGAUAAAGCAAUACUGUUUUCUGUUUGAGCCUAUCCCGUUUAAAUAAGGUCUAGAGUAGCAUAGAGCAACAUGGUGCCCUCCAGAUGUUGUUGAACUAACUCUCAUCAGCCCCAGCUAGUGUUGCCAAGAGUCAGGAAUGUUGAGAGUCCAACAACAUCUGGAGAGAACACCAUGUUGGAUACCCCUGGUCUGCAGUGGGAAGAAUGGAGGGACAAAGAUUCAAAUAUGAUAGUUUGAGGAAGCAUAGAGUGAACAGUGUGUUUUGAGUUUAAGAAAAAGGACAUUUUAGCUUUAAUCUUGAAACAAAUGUAAUGUGUUGGCCAGAAGUCACAAGCACUCUCCUGCUCCCACCCUAACAGAGCCAUAACUGGGACAGAUAAGAUAGGGCAGGAAUAGCCCAGGAACACUCAGGACUGAGGUUGUUGCUGUUAUUUAUUAGACUUGCCAGUUGGUUGUUACCCAGACGUCUCCAAGUGACUUACAACACAUUUAAAACAUACAGUACACCAUAAAAACAACAAAGCAACUCCCAUGAUAGCUGCAGGAGACUUUGGCAUUCAAGUUGAACUUAAAUGACUAUUUCAAACAGUACUAAUACCUUCCAUGGUGUGUACCAUGUGUGAGGCAGGUAGUGGAAGCAAUGCUUUGUGGAUGGUUGAACUCAGUUGCCUUCUUUUCAAUUAAGAUUUGUGGGGUGGCAGGGCAGACUGAGGUCUGAAGCCAGGGAUAUAGCUCAGGGUUAGUGGGUAGGGGGUGGGUACCAAUGGGAAACUACCAUUCAAAACAAGGAUUUAUUAGACCUUAAAGGCUGGGCUCUUUCUCAGGUGACACUGUAGCAUAGCUUGUUCCUGCACCCUUUGAGCUGUGCCACGCUGGAGCUAUUUCACAUGUCAUUCUUGUUUCCUAUCAGAGUAGAGAGGAGCAGUGGUUCCUCCAUGGGACCCAGAGGAGCUUCACAUAUUACCUGAGCAGUAUACAUCACACUAAAGGGGGGCAGAGGCCAAGAGGGGCCUGCGCUUUCUGAGACAAGUAGCUUGCAUUCCCCCUCUGCCAAUUUCUGGCACCUUGAGCAUAUUUGAAAGAAAGGCACUUUUUGCAUGCAAAAUGUACCAGAGUCAUAAACUACACAUUUUAAAAAGAAGGCUGCAAUCCUUUUUCUUACGGCGCUGCCACUGCUGAUUUGUGCAGAAUGGAACUGUAUUGCAGCGACUCGUAGCUAUAGUGAGAAUGUCACUUCAGAUGAAGUCUAGACUGCAGCAUGAGCAUGUGGCCAAUUUGAAUGAAGUUUGGGUCAAAGAGGAGAACUUUCUUCAAUCUACCCUUUCGUGCUUUGAUACCCCUGGUUCAAAUGCACUUGUAACCAUUGCUUGAAUAGCUUGCUUUGGACUUAAUGCACCUCUUGUGAGCCAGCCCGCUCCAUUUUUGGAUGCAGAGAAUUAGGCGAUAAGCUCAGCUUGUUGCAAAACAUAACAUGUUUUUUUCUUGGCUUGAUUUCCCUUCCAUCUUUUUUAGGGUACUCUGAUGUGCUGGGACUUUCUGCAUGUGAACCUGCAGAUUAGCAUCUGUUUCAGUUUGAUAUAGAAGUUGAGGUGCAGGGGAAGUGGGUGAUUGACAAGGAGCAGACUUGAAUAGUUUUAUACGCAACACUGUUUUGCAAACUGGCUGCAUUUGACUUUACAGCUGUUUUAAUACAUAGCAAGACUUUCCGCCUGCCUGCCUCUGUACUGGAGGCAGCUUUUCUUUGUUCAUUCUGCCUCCCUGUACUUGUAUCUGGCCUGCAAGGAGUUAACUCCAGCUCAGUGAGUGCUGGGCUCCUGGCUGCUGUUACGCUACAGUGGAGGACCAGCCCAGACACUGGCUGCUGGUGUUGCUGGGGGGAACGGAAUCAGUGACGGCAGUAGUCGCAGCAUCAGCCGGCUGUUUGUGCACAUCAUCAGCCAGCGGCUGAGGGGAAAUAAAACUGAAAGCCCUUGGAUGCAACAGUGUUGCUUGAAAGAAGCACCAGCACCCAUGGACCAGGUUGGCAUCCUGGCAGCAGGCAAGCUGAACUGGGUUCAUACCCUUUUGACCUUCUCCCACUUUGAGUCGGAUGGAGUGAUGAAGUAGCAGGGAGCAAUGCAGAGUUGGGCUUGGAGCCUAAAACAGUGAGUUGGGGUUGGGAAGAGGUUGGCUGUGGGGGCAUAAAGGGUAUUCCUGGAGCUCCUUGCUUUUCAGGCACAAUCUUCAGGGAAGCUGAUUCUUUGUUUCUACAGCAACAGCGCAGGCUGGAGCAAGUGUUGAAACUGCUGUUUUACUUCGGCUUUCGGGCUCAGUUUCAUCCUGUUCCUGGGUCAAAGCUAGAGAUGACAUACAAAAAUGAAUAAAAAUUGGGGGUGGGGGAUCUGUAGUACAGAGCUUCCGCCUUUUCAGGAAACACUUUUAAGGAAUGCGAACCUUCGGGAAUAUCACCACUGAAAGCUUUACGGCACUUGGAAACAUAGCGUUUUUGGUCCUAGACAACUGUCCCCAGCAGUAAGUCUGUCUUCUAUGUUCCUGCUGCAUAAAUAUACUUCAAGUGUUUAUGUGUUGCAACUUAGGUAGCUGCCCUAUACCUGAUUGGACCAUUGGUUCAUCUAACUCAGCAUUGUUCUGUACACUAACAGGCAGUGGCUUUCCAGGGUUUCAGGCAGGUAUUUCUCCCAGCCUUACCUGGUGAUGCUGGAGGUUUAAUGUGGGAUCUUAUGCAUGCACAUCUCUGCCACUGAGCUUUGGCCUUUGCCCUUUGUGUGCCACAUUUCCAUACUAUCAUUCUUAUCACCCUGAUAAUAUCCCAUUCAUAGAAAGCACCCCCAGCUAAGCACUAUGUCACCUGCACAGCAGCAAACCAAUGUCCCCCAAAUUUUAACUACUUUACUUCUAUUUUUCUUUCUGUACACUUAAAGAGCCUGGGACAAAAAGGAAUUGAUUGAUUUUUGCCACUGGUGUGCUUAUUUGUCCUAGCUAACGUUAACAUAUUGGGAUAAAAGAACGUUCCGUGGGGUUUUUCAAACAAAAACUGAUUUGGGGAAAACAGACCUACCCAGAUAUUUCACCCUUGGUUAGGGGCAUUUUACUACUCCAAGAUAAAUUGGAAUGUAGGCUGUGGUAUGAAAACCAUUUAUGUUAAUUUUUUUAAUAGGUGAAGGUAAAUCUCUGUAUGACUCAGUAUACUGGUGUUUUACCUCUUCACGUUUUAUAUAGCAGAAGUCAACCCCCUUUCCUUCCCUUUGCAAAUAAUGCAGUUCCAUACCUGUGACAAUAUGCAGUGUGGUCCCAAAGUUGAUUUGGUCUUUGUUGCAAGUCUGAAAUCCAGACUUCUCUUUCCAUCUCCAGAAAAAAGCACCAAAGCUUCAGAAUGUACAGUAUUAGCUGACCUGUCCACUUAAAAGGACUCUGGUUGAUGAUAUUUGUUUCCAGUAAAAUUUCUACCCCAUUAUAUGUGGCCGAUGAAGAAUUUACAAUAGUGUAAUAAAACUUUAAAAUGGCAAAAGGCAGAUUAUUGUUCAUUAUAGAAAAAUGUGGAUGAGUUUGUACUCCAAUAUUCAUAAUAAGAUGUUUGGUAAAGGCAAUAUUCUGAUGUUUGAAUAGCUCUCAAAUGUAGAAUUGAUAAGGUGGAAUAUUCCUCAACAUACCUUGUAGUCCACCUCUUCCCUUUUCCUGAUAAUAUGUAUACACUGUUUCCUCAGUCACAGACCACUGAACCAACUCCAAGACACACAUUCAGUUAGGCAAAAGUUAGGCUUCGGGGUGCAAGUGUUACCUACAGUUACUGUAUACUCUCUCUAUAUUGGGAAAAACCAAAACUUUAUAUAACCUUCUCCUAAACUUUUUUCCUCACACACAUAAUUUUUAUUUCAGUGGAAAUCACUGAAUUGGUACCUCCAUCCUUGAAAAAUCUCCUUUAUUUGGAAGCAGGCACCUUCCUUUGGGCUGCAUUCUCACACUACCGCUGCUACAGUGUUGCACUGCUGAUGCGUAAAUACUUUUGCCCAUAAAAAGGUUAAUUAGGGUAGUUCCGAUGCAUCUGUAUAUUCAGGAAUAACAGUAUUGGCUAAAACUAUUUUUGUGUUGUUUUUCAGGGAGACUUAGAAAACAAACCAGUCAAUGGCUGCAGACCAGAGCUCAUGGACUGUGUUGCCCACGGCCAUGGCGAAAAACCCAAGGUGAAACCAAGCCAUUUGCUGCCUUGGGAAAAUGUACAGGCAGAUGAAAAGGGAAGUAUGACUGGCUUAGAAACGGAGAAGUGGGCACAGAAUGAGAAGCCAUCACUUAGCGUCCAUGUGAACGGUGACCUCUGUAGAGCUAGAGCAAGGAAUGAGAACUCGAAACAUUUUGAAAAGGAUCCAAAAGCUGUUCAUUCUUCCAACGUGUUAGAUGACCCCAAAAAGUUGCUUGCACAAACUGUUAGAAAUGGCAUUAAAAGCAUUCCUUAUUCACCAGCAGAAUGUGACUUGUUGCUGAAAAAAACAGGUGCUGAUCCGGCAAACAGCUGCCCAGAAAGCAACUUGGAUGCCUCUUUGGGUUGCGCUGCUCAACUGAACAAUAUCAGCACUUUGACAACUGGAACAUGUGGUGCUCUUCCAGAAAAGAAGGAUCGCGUUCUAGCGCAGCAGACAGAAAACUCUAAUGCCAUUCAGGAAUCUGAGAACUCACUUUUACAAACUAUUUCACUUUUAGAUCUUCAGGACAAGCCAUCUUGCACUCCCGUGCAUGACAAAGAUGGCUGCCUUGAUGAUGGUGCUUCAAAUGGUGCUCCAAGCAAAGAUUUGCAACCUGAAGAUUUGUCACUUCAGUCAACUUUUUUAUCUUUGAUUAAAAACCGAAAUUUAACUGUAGAACAGGUUGUAGCUAUUGAGGCAUUGACACGCUUGUCGGAAGUCCCUCCAGGAGCUCCCUUACCAGCUAAACCAGAAAGAGUUCAGUGCAUAGAAGAGCAAAGUUCACAUUCACUUAACAAUUACAAAAAGGAUAAUUCAUGUUUCUUGACAUCAUCUGCAUUGAAAGUAAUCAAAGGAAGUUGUCCACAGAAGGACCAGCAGCUCUUUCCUCAUGCUCCUUUGCAGAGAAGAACCCUUCCUAAAAGUCCCUUGACGUCAUCUGCAUUGAUAGCAAUCAAAGGGGCUUGUCCACAGAAAGACCAGCAGCUCUUUUCUCAUGGUGCUUCACAGAGAAGAAUCUUUCCUAAGAGUUUGCUUUACAAUGGUCAAGGUGCUAUUUCUGAAUUCCCCAGUAAAACCACUGGUCCAUCUAGCUUAUUGCGUAGGCUACAUUUCUCCCCACGAGAUACCAAGUCUUUAUCUGCGUUAGUGUCUGGUGGAACUUCAGGUCAUACUACCAAGAAACACCCUCUUUAUCAUAAAGCUGCCAUUGGGCCAUGCUCCAAAAUCUCAAGUGUUGUCAAACAGCGGAGGAGCAGAGUAGACAUGCUUGGAAAGUGGGAGGGGAAGGCUGUUCAUGGCUCAAAUUCAAAAAGUAAUUCUGUAUUUAGGGGAAAUAUUCAUAGCCAGGAUGAGGAAGAGGUAGCCACCCAAUUAACUCAACUUGCAGCAAUAAUUGAAUCAAGCAAAGCAAGCCCAGACCAGAAGACAUCGCUUCUCAGUCGAAUACCACCCGAUAUGCAACCAAAACAUAAACAGGACCAGUGCCUAUUGCAGAAGAAACAAUCUGUAUUUGUAAGGAACAAUUAUAGUCCAUUAUUAGUCAAGCAAAGGCAACCAACACGGAAAAAUGAAAAACCAGUACCAAGGGCAAAAAGAUUAAAAAAGAAGCCUCAAGUAAUGCCUGACCAACAAAAUCAGCUACAACAAGAUUGCCAUCUUAGUGAAUUACAGGACAUACCGAAAAAGCCUUCUAAACUACGCAAGGUUGGUCGUAACGCGUCACAGGAUUCGAAACUAACUGCUUUGGGGAAAAGAUCUUCUAAAGCCAAAGUACAGAAGGCAUGGAAUCGGAAUACUUUGUCAUCACAACAAAAAGCAGCUGCAUUAUUUCUUCCCAAAACUCAAAUAAUAUACCACAGGCCUUUGCCUGCUUCAACACAAGACAAAGUGAAAGACAAUUUGUUUGGCUUUGAAAUGGUGCCUGAGCACAUAAAAACUAUGGGCUCCAAUGAGGCACGGGGCACUAAUCCUCCAGGUGCUGCCCCAGAUGCUCUGCACCAUAGUGGCCUACUCUCCAAUAGUCUUCUGACUGUCCCUCACUUCGAAGCAAAAUCCUGUUUGAACCAAGGAAGUGAAAAUGUACAGAUGUUUACAGAAAAAGACAAGAAUUCUCAGGUACAGCAAACAAUGAACAUGGCUCAAAUGCAUCCUUUGCCUCAGAUCUUUGGUCAAAGAGCAGAUGAAAUGUGCAAGGAAAACCAAGCAAAACUUGAGUGCGGUGCUAUGGAACAACAAAUGGGCCAGAAAUUGCAAACCAUGUCCAUUAACUGUAGCUUAGCCUCCCCAGGGGAAACCUUGCAGGCUCUCAGGAAAGCAGAGUGUGCAAGUGAAGUUACAGUUCCAACAUCAAGAAGCUUGGAGACUGAGAACACACAGAGAACAGGGAUCUUAGGGUGUUCUCCAACAAAGAAUACACUCAGUAGUUUUCUUGAAUCGCCUAUGAAGUUCUUGGACACCCCUACAAAGAACCUAAUCGAUACACCUACAAAGAAAGGACAGACUGAUUUUCCAAGCUGUGAUUGUGUUGGUAAGUGUAAUUUGGUUCAUUUUGCAUAGAGUUCUGAAAGUUUUCUCACUGAGGAUUCCUUUAGAAUUUUUAUCUUGCAAACGUUGCCUCUUGCCUGCUCUGAUGAAGUGAGUCUCCAAGUCUCCACCACAUAAGUGAAAAGAUGACUCUAUAUCACUCCAUAUACUAAUCAAGUAACUGCUUGAUUACCUGAAUUUACCAUCUGGCUGUGACUUCCAACAGUAGUGGAAGAAUUUCCAGUUACCUAAAGAGUUGAUGUUAUCAGUUGAAAAUACUUAUUCAGCCCUGCACUUCAGGGAAUUGCUGACUUCCUGUUUCUCUGCAACAAACAGGGAGGAAAAUUGUUUUGUUGGUUUGUUGAGAAUUAGGGAAUAACAACCUUUAUAAAUAAUACAGGGGGGGAUAUCUUUAUCACUGCUCUCUUUGGUUGUCUCAUUGAAUUCCAAUGUGUCCUUGGUAAAAGCAGUAUGUUAUUUACCGUAUUUUUCUGUCUAUAAGAUGCCCUCAUGUAUAAGGCCCCCCCCCCAUAUUUUUGGGGAGUCAAUUUUAGGAAAAUGAGGGGAGAUGGCCCAUAGUUGUUGAACCGCUCCCCCCACGCAGCUGCGGGCAGGAAACACUCCCUAGAUCAUUUCCCGUGUGCAGCGGCAUUGGGGGAAGUUGCACUCCCGCCAGCCAUCCAGUUGGGAGCGCAACCUCCCCUGAUGCCGCCGUGCACAGGAAACGACCCAGGGACCGCCCGCUGUGCACCGCGGCAUUGGGGGAAUUUGUGCUCCCGUGCAGGUGGCUGGUGGCGCACAGCUUCUCUCCACCCACCCCCCUACCCAUAGGCAGGAAACACCCUCCAGAUUGCUCCCCUCUCGCUGCACCAUCGGGGGAAGCCGCGCUCCCACCAACAAGCUGGCUGGCGGCGCAGCGCUCCCCCCCCCAUGCCACUAUCCGUGUAUUGGACGCCCCCAGUUUUUUGAUGUGUAUAUAUGCAUUUGGCUCCUGUUCUUCAGUAUCUGAAAGGGAAUGAAGUAUUAUAUUAAUGAUAAGCCAGUUAACAAUAAUAAACUUGACUCUAGUUCAAAAUGUGAACAUUUUCAAAAGAUUCCAUAGCAUUUCUGUUUUGAUAAAGGCCCCACUGUUAAUCCCAUCAAUAUUCCUCAGCCUUCUCAGACUUGGAGAUCCACCAAGUCUUUUAACUCCAGCCUGGAGUGUAUGACAUGCCUAAUAAAUAUUUUACUGUGUAUGUUUAUCUUUCUCCUCUUUUUUAAAAAAACCCACAACUGUAUGUGUGUACUCGGUACAUGAAAUAAUGUUAACAGCUAUUUUUAAUUAUUUCUGUAGAGCAAAUUAUAGAGAAGGAUGAAGGGCCAUAUUAUACACACCUUGGAACGGGACCAAGUGUUGCUGCAGUCAGGGAAAUAAUGGAAGACAGGUGAGAAAAUACAUAUCAGUGAGUAAAGGUUGAUUAAAUAUAGGCACAGCGCUAUACACCCCCCCCCCCAAUAAAUCAAAUAUAUAUGAUGAUAGUAUAAGUGGUUUAUAACUUUUUUUUUCCCUUGCGGUACUUACCUAAGGUCUCCCUGCCUGAUUAUACUAGGUCGGAACUACACUAUCUGUAUUUGAGCUGCAGUAACUAGAAUGCUGCUGCUUUUUGAGUGCUGACUCUGUCUUCAGGAAAGGGGUUGAGACUCUCAUAAGACAGUUGGUGUUGGGAGUUGGACAGGAAGUGGGUAUGUGACAUGGUGUGCUGAGGUCUGGAAGAGUCAUCUCUUCCGUGUUGGUUUCUUAGGACUGUAUCCAAGGCAGAUGGUCAGUCACAGGAGGUAAAUAAAGGACAACAUGGCCAAUUGUAGUACUGGGCUGGAAGCCAGCUAGAGCUUGAGGGAAGUUCAGAUACCAUCUUGACAGAGGAGAGAGGCCAAAUGAUUUCCUGAACAAGAGUUGCAAGGUGCAUGCUUUCCUUUUCAGAGCCAAGUCACAUUGGCAGUUGCUUAUCAUCAGCUACAAUCCAGAGUUCUCUUAGGUGUGCCUAAGGAAUUGUACGCGGGUGGCACUGUGGGUUAAACCACAGAGCCUAGGACUUGCUGAUCAGAAGGUAGGCGGUUCGAAUCCCCACCAUGGGGUGAGCUCCUGUUGCUCGGUCCCAGCUCCUGCCAAUCUAGCAGUUCGAAAGCACGUCAAAGUGCUAGUAGAUAAAUAGGUACCGCUCCGGCGGGAAGGUAAACGGCGUUUCCGUGCACUGCUCUGGUUCGCCAGAAGUGGCUUAGUCAUGCUGGCCACAUGAUUCAGAAGCUGUCUGCGGACAAACGCCGGCUCCCUUGGCCCAUAGAGCGAGAUGAGCGCCGCAACCCCAGAGUCGGUCACGACUGGACCUAAUGGUCAGGCGCACCUUUACCUUUACCUAAGGAAUUGUGAAUGCCCGUCAGGACUUCUGAUUGCUUUCUUUGAAUAAGUUUCUUUGAAGUACAGCAUCCCAUGCUGCAUCAUGAUAUGCUUUCCACAUACUCCAGAUACUGAGGUCACCUUAACAUGCUUACGCAUUUAGUACGGCCCAAGCUUUCAUUCACACUUUGUCAAAUGAAUCUAGUACUAUAGUCCUAGGGUGGAUUGCAUCACCAUGCUAUUCCAGACAUUCUGAAUGCUGCUUGCCAGAUGGAAUGACACCCCCCUUCCCCCCGGCAUGCUGUUCUGUUUUCCUGAGCCCAUUUCAGGGGGCAUAUGGGAAGAGGAGGGAAGCCCCAUUGCACAAGCAGAAGUCAUUGCACAGCACUUCUGGUGAGAGGGCACAUGACGUAGGUUAAUCCCAUUCUUAUUUUGUUGGAGUUCUCCGUGUGGUUACAUUGAAGAUCUGGUGUGUUUGUAAAGUGUAGAUGUUUUACUUUGGGCUCCCACAUUUAGUAAAUUUAUUGGUUGAAUUAACAGAAUGUAUUAAAUUGGCUGGAAAGGUGCCACAAUUACAUGGAAAGCAGAUCUUAAAUGUUUAAAAGGGCAUUUUUCAUUCAGUUGCAAAUGGGGAAGAAACAUUCUCUUUCUCGGUCUCUCUCCCUGGAGGGAAUGCCUCUUUUUAAAGGUUCCUGCUAUAACAUUUAUUUGAUAAAACCAUUGUUAUAUUAAUGUGCCAACAUAUGCAGAUUUAAUUGGUUGAAUUACAGUUCAUAUGAUCAUCUAAGAUAAUUGAUGACAGCCCUAGUUUUUAGUAGCAGUUAUUGGGUGGGAUAGAAAGAACUGGGAAUAAGAGGACAAGAUAGGAAUGAUUCUCUAAAGUACUAUAGUCAGAGUAGUGUAUGCUAGCAAUGAAAAUGGGAUCUCUUGGACAACAUGUGAAAAAGGAGCAUGGGGAAAGUGGUUUUUUAUUUCAGUGCUACAGAAGGGGUAGUAAUAAUAAUAAUUUUAUUAUUUAUACCCUGCCCAUCUGGCUGGGUUUUCCCCGCCACUCUGGGCGACUCCCAGCAGAAUAGUAGCCUGUUGCUUCUCUACUUGUUAACGGAAUUAAUUACUAGGACGUUUCAUAAUCCUUACUAGUUUUUCCUUUCUACAGAUAUGGAGCAAAAGGAAGUGCUGUAAGAAUUGAGGUAGUUGUGUAUACAGGCAGAGAAGGAAAAAGCUCCCAAGGGUGUCCAAUUGCCAAGUGGGUAAGUUUUUGUUUUAUAGUAAUAUAUCUUUAUUUGUAUUCUUGAAAUUCAUUUUUUUAUUGCAGCUAUGGUGCUUAAGGCCCAUGAAGUGUUUUUUUCUUAGUGAUCAAAGCGCUAUUUAUUUAUACUUUAAAAUAACUUUGUUACCCCCUUUGAAUCAAAAAGGUUGCACAAUGUGACCAAUGAUCAAAUCUAAGCCAGUCAACCAAGAAUGAAUGAAUGAAUUGAAUUAAAAAUCAGCAACAGUAAACAAAACAAAAACCAGCAGGAAAAAGCUUACAAGCUGCUCAGUAGAUUAUCCAAAGACAGAAAUUACUUCAGUGGUGGCUGGUACUAUUGGGACUGAAGUUUUGCUUGGGUUUUUAGCCUUAUCCAAUCCCACACUGAGGACUUCUAUUGCCUCCCUAGACAAUGCAGGGUGGCAUGGGUAUUAUCAGCAUACUGGUGUCACUGCACACCGAACCUCUGGAUUUAAUCUUGGUAAGUUUUACAGCUGUUCUAUGACAGGGCAGUAUUACUGUCACGAUACAAACAAGAGGCCUGAGGCUGAAGGUGAUUGGUUUGCCAAAGGCCAAAUGGAUAAGUUCAUGACUGAGCUGGGAUAUGAGCUGUAGACUUCUCAGAUCACAGCUUAUGUUACUAACCAUUAUGUUACACCAGCCACCUGUAAGCCACACCUUGUUCACAGAGGCAUAUUGGGUUUAUUUUAAUAGUUAGUCCAGUUUUUAUUAAAUGGCUUUGUUCUGAAGAUUAUGGAUAUCAGCAAAUUAAUCCCUAGGAUGGGUUGUAGCAUCUACUAUACCAGCUUGGGGUCCUAAACUAUGAUACUAUGCUUCCUUCCUCACAAGUGUAUGUGUGGGUGUUAGGUACUGUCUUUGUGUGUGAACUCUGCAUUUUAAAACAAUGCAAGAACCAGAUGUUCCCGUUUGCUAUGUGCCUUAAAUCUGGUGUCUGAUUUUGAACAUGGAAUAUCAAUUUGUUAUUCCUUACCAAUAAACCAUUUAAUGUGACAGCUGUUGGAAUGAGUCAUUCUGCAGUGCUUUUUUUGCCCUUGUUUGUACCUGAACUGAUAAUGAAGCAUUCUAAAGUAAAUGCCACUGCUCCCAUUAUCUUAUUCCUUCUCACAUUACACCACUCAAAUAAAAUUAAUUUCUGAGUAAACUAACCCCUGUUUCUCUUCUUGGAAAAUUAAGAGCAAAUUAAGGUUUGUUCGGUGUCAGUUUCUUAUAUAACUAUGCACAUAGGUUAAGAUCUAUUUUGCUCUGAGCUUUGUAUUGUGGUUUCAGUAUUGAAAGUGAGUGCCUGUGUUGAUUCUCUUCCAUUUUAAUUCAGCGGCAAUACCUAAGCUGCGCAGUUAGGAUAGCACAAUGAAAUAGCUUAUUUGGAGCAGAGUUGUCUGUGGACUGGUAAACUCUAUGCCAUUUUCUGUGUUAGUAGGAAAACUUAUGUCAUUCACAGAGAUUCACUGGCUUAAGUGUGGGCUUCAAAUUUGUGCUAAGAACUAAUUUAAGGUGAAACAAUAAUGGCAAUAUGUUGUGCUUUGUUCUUAUAGAACAAACACUGGAGAACCAACACUGGCCAUUGUGCUCAAUAUAAGGGUAGACAACACUGAAGAAAACUAAAUUUUAAAGAUUUUUCCCUGCAUUUUUAAAAAUGUUUAAAGUAUUUAUAUAUGAAUGAAUUACUAAAGUUUCCAAGCUGUGUACAUAAAAAUUAAAAAGCAUACAAUGGACAAGAUGGAUUGAAACAAUUGUAUUCUGUUAUUAUAGACUGUGGUCAUCUAUAACGCCAAACUUAAUAUUUGACAUUUAUAUAGUUUAUAUUUUUGCUGAAUUGGUGUUAAAUAUGUGCUCUUUGUGGGGUUUCCCUUGAGAUUAGUUUGGAAGCUGCAGCUAGUGCAGAAUGCUGUGCCCCGGUUAUUGUGUGGAAUACCUGGAUAGGCAUGUGUUACAUUGUGCUGAGGAAACCGCGCUGGCUGCCCAUCAGGUACUGGGCCAUGUUGAAGGUCUUGUUGUUAACAUAUAAAUAAACAACUCAGACCAGGAUACCUGAAAGACUGCCUGCCCUUGUAUAUAGGUCUGUAGGAUCAAUCAGAUAAUCUGAGGAAAUUCUUGUAGUACUGUACCCUACAGAAUGUCAUAGGGUAAUGAUAUGAAAAUGGGCAUCUUCUGUUAUUGCCCUGCAUUAAGAAAUACCCUUUGCUGUAAGUGAAGCAGCAACCAUCAGUUGUUUCAGAUGUUUUGUGAAGUCAGAUAUUUUCGCCCAGGCUUUCCCUGACCCAUAAGAAUCUCAUCCUGCUUUUCUUUAUAUUAAUUCCUGGUUUGGGGUUGUAGCCAACAAAGUCAUCCAUGAUGCUUUUAUACUACUGCUUUAUUUUUGUUGUAAUUAUAUUGUUUUUAUGCUUUACACCAGUUAAAGAAUUGUAAAAAUAUUAAGUGGCAUAUAUUGAUAUAUCGGGAGGGAUGCGGGUUGCACUGUGGGUUAAACUACAGAGCAUAGGGAUUGCCAAUCAGAAGGUUGGCGGUUCAAAUCCCCAUGACAGGGGCUCGGUCCCUGCUCCUGCUCCUGCCAACAUAGCAGUUCGAAAGCACGAAGUGCAAGUAGAUAAAUAGGUACCGCUCCAGCGGGAAGUUAACCAGGGUUUCUGUGCAUUGCUCUGGUUCGCCAGAAGCGGCUUAGUCAUGCUGGCCACAUGACCCGGAAGCUGUAUGCCGGCUCCCUUGGCCAGUAAAGCGAGAUGAGCGCCGCAACCCCAGAGUCGUCCUUGACUAGACUUAAUGGUCAGGAGUCCCUUUACCUUUAUAUAUCAGGAGUGAGAGAGAGAAUAAAUUACAAUGAUUUAGGAUGCAUUUAGACUAUUGGGGACAUUUCUCCCCAACUUUUAAGCACUUAUAUUGAUUUUGUAAUUAAAAACAAUGCAAAUCAUUUGAAAACAAUCAGAUAUCCUUGCACCUAAAUAAUUUCAAGGUUGCCAGGAAGCAGUAUAUUUCAGCCAUCAAAUGCCUGGGUGAAUAUGCAGGCUUUUAAAUUCCUUCUGAAUGUUAAUAAUGAGGAAGGGAGAUGUACCUCACCAGGGAAAGCAUUCCAUAAAUGGGGAACUAUCAAGAUGGCGGACACCACCAACAGGGCCUCCCCCACUGACUGUAAGACUUGAGGUGGAUGAUAUUGGAGGAGGUGCUCUUUUAGGUACUUGGGUCCCAAGCUAUAAAAGACAGAAAUGAAAAGUCUCAAGAAUAGAUAACAUUAGUGAGAAUGGGAAAAAGUGUAAUAUAUACAGUUUGGAAAUUAUCUGUAAUGAUCUGCUAAAGCAGGGAGAUGAACCUCAGUACAGUGGUACCUUGGGUUACAUACGCUUCAGGUUACAGACUCCGCUAACCCAGAAAUAGUGCUUCAGGUUAAGAACUUUGCUUCAGGAUGAGAACAGAAAUCGUGCGGUGGUGGUGGUGCAGCAGCAGCAGGAGGCCCCAUUAGCUAAAGUGGUGCUUCAGGUUAAGAAAAGUUUCAGGUUAAGUAUGGACCUCCGGAAUGAAUUAAGUACUUAACCCGAGGUACCACUGUACAGUGGUGCCCCGCAAGACGAAAAACUCGCUAGACGAAAGAGUUUUCCGUUUUUUGAGUCGUUCCGCAAGACGAAUUUCCCUAUGGGCUUGCUUCGCAAGUCGAAACGUCUUGCGAGUUUGUUUCCUUUUUCUUAAAGCCACUAAGCCGUUAAUAGCUGCUAAGCCGCUAAUAGCCGUGCUUCGCAAGACGAAAAAACCGCAAGACGAAGAGACUCGCGGAACGGAUUAAUUUCGUCUUGCGAGGAACCACUGUAGUCUUUAUUUGACCAUCUUCUAAAAGCUUCAUCCUGUUUUUCUGUCAUGUGGCUUUGAGCUGUUCCUAUAGUUUGUCUCCAAUUUCAAAUUCUCAUAGAAUUGUAGAGUUGGGAGGUACCCUGAGGGUCAUCUAGUCCAACCCCUGUAAUGCAGAAAUCUCAACUAAAGCGUUCAUGACAGAUGACCAUCCUAUCUCUGCUUAAACACCUCCAAUGAAGGAGAGUCCACCACCUUCCGAGGAAGUCUGUUCCACUGUCGAAAUUUUAAAUUAUAAAAUUUAACGCUGUAAAGAAAGUGUGGAAGAUCAGUGUUUUUGUUCAAUAGACCCUUGUUCAAUAGAACCACAAGGUCUUUUCUGUAGUCUAUAUCUGACUGGUCUCUUAAAUGUCAUCUUGGUGUGAUAAGGAUUAUAAUGCAUUGAAGAAGCUACAGGGUACAAUUAAAAGAGAAAACAAAGCUGCAGUUAGGAUCUUUUUUAAAAGCUGAAGUGCUCAGCACUUUCCUGCAUUCUAGACAGUGGUCUCAUUUUCACAUCCUUGAAACCAUAGUUAAACUAAACUAUGGUUUCAAGAGUAACACGCAGGAUGCGGCUGCACCUUACUGAAACCAUGGGCAGUUUGCUUGUUUUCCACCCCUGUUGGGAGCUAAGCUUGUUUGGAGGAAAUGAAUCACAAGCUCAAGUUCAGAGGUAACACUUAGCCAGACCAUGGCCGCCUAGCUCCUGGCAGCAAUAAGAGCAGGGUAGAAGAGACAUGUAUGCUUCAUGUUUACCUUAAAACCACAGUUUAGUGUAAUUGUGGUUUAAAGUGUUGUGCAUAUCAGACCAGUAGAGACUUGACUUUGCAUAUCUACACUGUGCCAUUUCAUUUAGAGCGUACUGUUCUCACCUGUGUUAUAUCUUCAUGUCACAAUCUUUCAGUAGUGAUUGGACCAGACAUCCAGAAAAUUUAAAUCCAUGGUUGUAUCUUUGGUGAUGGAAGAAUAAUAGGUUAGAGAUCUUGCUACAUGAAGGUUUGAGCAAUGUGUCAGAGCUCAAAAAAAUUGCCAAAAUUUACAUUCUUCCCCUGGGGCUGGUUAAUGCAUACCUCAAUUCCUAUUUAGUUUUUGCCGCAUUGUUGCUUUUUAUACUGGCGGAAGUGACACACUUGGUGUAUUUGCACAUAAUGCUAAGCCAUGACUUGUUUCUCCCAACCUUGGUUUGCUUCCUCUUGCCUUGUCCCUUUGAGUAUCUUGGUUGGGGUGCCAAGCAUUCCAUGGUUGUGUUCAAGCACAAUGCUAAAACCAGACAUGAUUUUUAAGCCAAUAACAAGCCACAGCUUCAUAUUGUGGUUUGCUGGCCGAAAGCAAACCAUGGUUAGACUGCUGGGCUGAGUCCAGAUAUUCAAACAAACCAUGGCUUAAUGUUUUGUGCGAACCAGGCUGUUAUAAACUGAUAUGUUUUCAAGUGUUUUCUUGAUUGGAGUCUUUUUUUCUGGGUUCCAUUUGUCUUGCACACAUUGUAAGCCACUGCUCUGCAGUCUUUCUUAGAGUUGCUGUCUGUAACUGCAGGCAGAUGGAAUCUUGUCUGCAGGAUGUUCCAUUUUGGAAUUAACUGCCCUAAUCUAUACUGCCAUAGAGAGAAGCUAUUUUACCUUAUGUCUGGAUUUCACAUUAGUGUAAUUCAUUCUAUCAUUUAUAUGUGUGUGAACCCAUGCACGUUCAUAUUAGUUAGUUGGCUGAUGUUGAAGGGACAGUCUACAUCAAGUAAUAUUUAUUCACAGAGAACUUAUUCCUUAUUCCAGAGCUCCUGCCAAGGGUUGAGACAGUUGCUUCAGCAAUCUUAAAGAGAUAUUUCAAGUAAGUAGAACCCAAGCAGUUAAAACUGCUGCAGGAAGUAUGCUUGCCCAUGGCAUUAACUUUUAUAAGUGCAUUCUAGACAUUGGGGUAUGUGGUUUUGUAAAAACGGAUAUUUUUAAUAAUUUAUUUAAGGAAUAGUCUUUUACAUAUACAAGUCAAUAACAUAGGAAGAUUUAAGUAUCUCUAGAAUAUUUGAUCAUGCAAGAUCCUAAAAGUACUCCUGCAUAAUGACUGCUGAUUAUAUGCCAUUAUGAAACACCAACAUAGUGGGAAGGUAUUUCAAGUUUGAAGUAUGUUGAAAUGCCAUCUAUUACCUGCUCAUUUCAUAUUCAGGAGUCCCCAGUGUGUAGGAAAAGUGGAAAAGGAGAACAUCCUUGAGAUAAAUUCAGGCUACAGCAGGUUCUCUCGCAUGUAAUUUAGCAGAAAAGCAGACAAAUCUAAAAAGCCAAUUUAAAAAAAUGCAGAAGUAGCACAUGGUUUAGUCCUUCCUGUACUGUACCAUUUCAAACUUUAGUUGAGGGGGAGAUUGUAUACUUUCAUGAUCCUCUGCAUUUGAUGUUUUUAAUAAUGAGAAAGAUAGUGCUUUGAAUGUGUUCAGUUAUUCUGUUGUUUGUGGUUCCAAAUAAAAAUACUCAUUUGCUUGAAGAUGUUGAAGAUGUAAGUGGAUUUGUUCAACAUCAUGAUUUGAAACAAUUAAGUUACCAAGAAUGAUUCCUAAGAAUGGAACGUAUGUUUAACUUUUUGCAUGAGUUUGUGAGUAACUGUAUGUCUGUAAAGGUGAGCAGUAUAGGCAUAUUGCAUAUAGAGACAGUCUGAAGCUAAACUGAUCUCAGUUUGGCUGGUGCUUGGAUGGGACACUGCUUGGGAAUUUUGUAGGUAACCUUGAGUACCAUGGAAGAAAGGCAGGAUAUAAACUUUUUUAAAGAAAGGAUGAAUAACCUAAGUUUGAACAUUGUUGAUAUACAGUAGGGUGAAAUUCAAAAAUAAAAACCUUAUGUCAAUACAGCUCCACAACUGUUCUACCCAGGAAGUUUGCAGAACAUUGUGGUUACUGGGAUAGUGCCUACUCCUGUUCUGUAGGCAGCACUGUGAAUUCCAGUAUACAGUGGUACCUCAGUUUACGAACUUAAUCCAUUCCGGAAGUCCAUUCUUAAACCGAAACCGUUAUUAAACCAAGGCGCGCUUUCCCUAAUGAGGUCUCCUGCCGCUGGUGCCCUUCCACCGUUCGGAUUCCAUUCUUAAACCGAGGUAAAGUUCUCAAACUGGGACACUAUUUCUGGUUUUGCGGAGUUCGUUAACCAAAUCGUUCUUAAACAGGACUGUUCUUAAACCGAGGUACCACUGUAAUUUGAUGGUGAUAAUAGAAAUUCUGAGAAAUUCGUUUAAUUUCACUGCACACAGGUGGUGUAGUGACAAUAAAGGUUUAUUAUUAUUAUAGAAAUUUGCAAGAAUAAUCAAUCAUACCACUAUUUUUAUAGACUUAGUGUUAUUAUGAAAAUCAGCACUGGUUUCAUUUUAAGUAUUGAGGGAUGUGUAAUAGUGAGAGACCGUUUCGAGAGAACUUUGGGGCUAAAUUCAUUUUGAUUUCAUUACUGAAGAUGUGAAGUUACAAUUCUGGCAUGCCUUCUGUAAAACUCAGUAAAAAAAAGAGUAGUAGACUUGGUAGACCUGUUUUAAUACUUUUUCAUUCCCAAUCAUAGCAUCAAGCAAAAAAUAAAAUUGUAAAUAAAUGCACUUAUAACUCAUAGUUCUACUAACAGCUAAGCUACAGAUGGCUCAAUCCUACAUUUAAACCAAUUAAAAGGUACAGCCCUACAAGUAAGCAAUCCACAGUGAAUUAUAGUUGUUGAAAAACUAUUUGUUUGUUUUCCAAUAGGCCUUAGAUUUUCACUCUGUCUAGAAAGGAACAUAAGUGUCUUUAAAAGUGUGAUUCAGAAUUGCCCCAGGUGGUUUGGGAAUCUUGGGUAUUUGGAAAUGUCAAAUGUUUUAACAAAAAUACUUUAAGUAGAAUGAUAUGUAUUUGGAGGAGACAUGUUGAAUUUAGGGGUGCCUCCUUCCCCGACAGAACCUAUAACAGUUGCAUGGCAUGCAGAAAUUUCAGUGCUAUGCCUUUUUGCUGUCAAGUAUGUGCAACCAUUUGAAAACCUGUUCACAUUGAAUUUCUGCAGCUAUUAAAAGUACAGAGUCUGUGUUGGUCAAAAAAAUGACAUUGUGGAAUACAACUCAGUGAGAGACUGGAUCGUAAGGCUUCUAGUGUAUUUUAGCAGUUUAAAUCUGAUAUCUUACAUUGAAUAAUCGCUACGUAACUUGCUGCUAGUAGAGUUGAAUACAGAACCUGCUACUUUGCUAAAAUUGGUUGUGAAUCUAUUUGUGCUGACCAUCUCUGUUUAGUACUUCAAUGUUGUACUUUUACAAAGGAAUAAAUAGCAUAGGAGGUUGUUUCUAAGACAAAUGAGCUGGUGAUGACUUUGUUCCAGGGUCAUAAGUAACUGCUAAAAUGUGUGGGUGUAGAUCACAUUUGGGAAAUCAGUGAGCCACUUUGGGCCCAUAGCUGACUUUCAUGUGUGGCCUGUAGGCCCACUGCCCAGCUGAUUAGCGCUAGAAACAAUUAGGAGCCUACUACUGGGCAUGCCCCACAGCUGUUCUCAAUGGCACUCAGCUGGGUGGGAGGGGAGGUAUAUACAACAGAAGCCCUCUUUUGACAUCCUUCUGUCUCAUCUGCUUCAUUUCAUUCACAUUUGUGACAUAAUGUGCCUGUGAGUAGGUAUCUCUGUGUUUUAUGGUCUGUAACUUCCUAAGAUCCAGACUUGCAUAUGCCUUGUGUGCUCUUCCAUUACUGGUACUGUUAUCAAAGAAGGAUUGAGUAAGUGUGUAAAUUGAAUGUUACCAUCAAGCAUUUUUUUUAUAGGCCAAAGUGCCAAUGUUACAUGUCCAAUCACUGAACAAGGAAUGGGUUUCUGUGCUCUUUUCUCCCCUUUCUCGCAAAUUCUGCCUUGUCUUUCCCGCUUUAGUGGUGGCUCAGCAUUAACUGCUGUACUGACACUAACUAUGGAGUUUGUUAAUCCAUCUCCAACUGUGGUUUUGUAACCUGGUUAGAGUUGAUGCAUUGGGACGACAACACUGGUGGGUUUAGAUUAGUAAUAAUUAUUUUACUGUUUUGCCUACCAAUUUAAAAGACUCUACAAGCUUUCAAACAUGUAACACAGUGCAAACCAGUUAAUCCCAUUAUCCAUCAUCUCUGCAAAAUGAACACUGAAUUUGGGGCACAAUCCUUUUUCCUGUCUGAUGCUGUGCUCAUGAUUGGAGGAAGCUCUGUAGGACCUGACUUUACCCUCUUCACUUUAGCACAUAUGUAUCUCUGUACAUGAGCCAUGAAGAGGAGAAGGAAAUGGAGUUCUGAUGUGCCUUGAGGCAGGGAUGGGUAACAAAUAACCCUCCAGAUGUGGCUAACUUAGAGAGAGUGGUGAAGACACUAAUAAAACAAAAUUCUGGUAAAUAAGGGUUGGUAGCAAUAUGCAAUCAUUAGAAGAAAUCCAACACGACAGCAGGGUCUCUGCAAACAAAUAACUGGCAUCAGUGCCUUAGAUCAUUUCUGUUUGAUAUACAAACAACUCAACCUGUUUUUCAGGUGAUACGAAGAAGUAGUGAUGAAGAAAAACUGCUCUGCUUGGUUCGACAGCGUGCAGGACAUCACUGCCAAAAUGCCGUCAUUGUGAUACUUAUUUUGGCUUGGGAGGGGAUUCCUCAUCUUCUGGCUGACACUCUAUACAAGGAACUGACCCAGAGCCUCAGAAAAUAUGGCUGUCCAACUAGCCGAAGAUGUGCACUAAAUGAAGAGUGAGUGCACUCCAGAACACAUAUUUUGAUGCAUGAAAGUUUUAAUUCUACAUAAUUUGCUUCUGUGACUCGUAAUUAGUUUUUUUUAAGAUUUCAGAUUAUAGCCCUAGUACAUAAAACUUGAAAAAGUGUUAUUUUGUAGUUGAGUAGGAUGUAGCCAACUUUUAAUUGCCAAUUUGAGUAUAGUGUGGGAUGACCAAAAUGAGCUUUCUGCGCCUCCUGUUUCCAUCUCUGGCAAAAAAAGAAAUUACAUGAAGACAGGUGUUUCCCUUCAUUUUAAUUUACUUGAGCCACAUCUUGUUGUGCUGCUUCUGAUGCUGUGAAGGAAUCACAACCAAACCUAUCAAGCAUGAUCUCUUUCUCUAAAUAGCUUAAAUUAUAAACUUAGUAUAUCCCAUUUGAAGGUCAAUUGACUAGGAAAUCUCUUAUACACAGUAAUGGAAAAGUAACAUUUAUACCCAAAUUGGUCAUUAUCAAAAACAGCUGAUGAACUAUGACACGUGUGUUUUUCCAUUGUUCUGUUCAGAGAUGUUUGGGGUUUUGCAUUUAUAGAAGCUUGCUGCACCGCUGGCUGAUUGCCACUUGUUUAAAUCUUCCACAGUCGUACCUGCGCCUGUCAAGGCCUUGAUCCAGAGACAUGUGGAGCAUCCUUCUCAUUUGGCUGUUCAUGGAGUAUGUAUUAUAAUGGCUGUAAGUUUGCCAGAAGCAAAGCCCCCAGGAAAUUUAGACUUCUCACUGAUGAUCACAAACAAGUAAGUGUCCUUCCUGCCUUUCUCAAAAUAAUUUCUAAUUUUACUUUUUAGGGACUAAAAGCAAAAAGGGUGCAGGGGUUUUUUGCUAAUUGGAUCACUUGGGCAUAUACAUUUAUAAGCAUUCAAGGCAGCAUGAUACCUAAUGUAAUCUCCUCAUUUCUCCCUCUCUAUCCCUACUACAUAGAUUCUGUGUGAAAACUGAGCACCACGACAGUGCUGUUUGUGCCAAAGCACUCAUACAUUAUUGGCUUACAGUACACCAAAGUCUUUCUUGACGUUUUAUUUACCCUUUUGUUUGCAGUUAACUUGCUGGCUCCUUCACCAAUGCCAUCCUUUCAUGCCUCCAAUAGCCCAUAGCUGACUGUAUGUGCCCUCCCAGAUAGAAAUUGAACAUCCUCAAACAUCUUCAAGGUGUCAGUUUAAAUAACAGUUAUUUCAGCCACUGAUUAGUUUUUAUUUCCCAUAGUCCCAAUUUUUAAAAAAGUUGUAAUACUUCAUGCUUGCAUAGGGGGCAUGCUGAUAGUGGUUUUGGUUUUUUUAAAUUUUUCCAGUAUUUUCCUGUAUCUGAGUGCCCCAGAGUGGCACACAGUAAACACUGAAAGCAUUCAACAUUAAAAAACUAUUAAAGCCAUAUUUAGCUAUAAACAAACUGAAACCCAUUGUAAAAUACAAUAAUGACAGGAAAAAGUUGAAAGUACAGUGAAAACCUUCUCCUUGUGCUAGUUAUUCAUCUCUUCCAAAAUCAUGGGUCUGCAGGUGUGUUUUUGCCAGUCAUCUAAGUGAAAUGUAGGGGAAUAAUGCACCUCAGAGAAGAGACCAUUACAAUUUUGGGGCUAUCACAGAGAAAACCCUCCCCUGUGCCUCUGCACUGUGAAUCGCCUUUAGCAAGAGGGCCAUAAUAGGGACUCCUGUGCAAUUCUUAAUGAACAAGCAGGCUGGUAUGGGAUGAGGCAUUUUCAUAUACUUAUGUGCUGCUGAAGCAAGUGCUAAAUCAUAUAGUUCUUAUGUUAAGGAUGAAAAAGAUGGAUCACUUAUCUGUUUUCUGUUUCUGUCACUGUUUUUAUUAGGUGUUAUCUUAGCUAAAUACUGAAUAUUGAUCAUUUUGCAGAUGACAUAAAUCUAGGAAGUAUAGCAAUGCAAAAGCAGAAGAAGAUAGAUUCAAAGUACAGACAGAUAUGGAUCAUUUGAGCAACUGGACGGAGUGAGAUGAGGUUUAAUGUAAAGAAGUGUAAGAUUGUUCUUUUAGGUAAGAAUAGCACAUAGCAUAGAUUUAUAAAGCCAGAUAUCUCUGUCGGCUAGAAUGCAGUCAAAGAGAAAUAUUGGGUAGAUAGCAACAUUUUUGUGUGUGGGAGUUCAAUGUAUUGUGCACGCGUGUAAGAGCGACCAGAUUUCUUCAGUCUGUUUUUUGCUGUAACAACAACAACAAAAACAGCAAAGAGUCUUGAAGCAUUUUUAAACAUUAACACCCUUAUUAUGGCUUGAGCUUUCCUGGAUUAGUCUUAUGUCAUCAGAUGCCGUCUUAAUGCUUGUGCAACAUGGGCAGAUCAGGGAGGGUGUCAUGUGCACAAGGAGUGUCAUCUGGGAAUAAUCCACGGAUGCAAAGAGGAAUCCCUUGGGGUAUAUGUGUGGUUUCCCCCAUCUCACAGAAGAGAGUGAGAUUGCCAUCGCACUGGAUCACAGUGUCGUGCUGAGUGCCUUGCAAAAUAAGUAUGUUGCUUCAACAACUGAGCCACUACAAGACUAGCAAAACCUAAAUAAAGUCGCAAAAGUAUAUCAGCUUGGGAAAAUGCAACUGCAAUGAGCAUUCUGUACUGUUUGGUUAAGACAGAGAAGGCACUCGCCAUUCAUCAUCAUGCCAUCUGUUUUCAGUGUCCAGGCCAUAGAUUAAUGUAGCCAGAAUGGCACAACAAGGUUUUGGAGAAGUCUGCAAGUUGAGAUUUGCCAAAGUAUAAAAAAUUAUAGGGAGGAUAAAAAACUAGGGAAGGAACGAGGGAGACUCCAGUGAGAGCUAAGCAUGCUCAGUGUUCAUGGAUUGCUGAAUGACUGAUGACAGUAGACAAAAAACUUUUGGGGGAUGGGGAAGGAGAAACGAAAGGAUAUCCACUAUGUCCUCAGAGAAAUGUAACAGUAGUUGUUUGGUCAAACCAAUGUGCUUGCCAUAUUAGCAUAGGUCUAAGUGAAUUUUCUUUAAGCAAAUGUAAUGUUUUAAUUUAAAACAAAACGGUUUCUUAUUUUGUGUGUUUGCUUUUUCACUUCUCUUCUUUCCCUCUCCCCCCAUAGCCUUGGCUGUGAUCCAGAGGGCAGAAUUCAGCUAAGUUGUUGCAUUAAUGGAAAGCAGCACAAGUCCCACUAGCACAAGACGACUGUCUCCUUCCCCAUGCACUCCCCACGCCCUCUCCAAAUCUGCUUGGGAGUGCUGGGCAAACCCUGAGAACAGGGCGCAGGGAGAAGAGAGGGGAGAUCCUUCCCUCUGGCAAGCAUUUCUGCCGCAAUGAUUGCAAUGAUUGUGUUAAAGCAUCACCAAAAUCCACCCAGAGAGUUCUCAUAAUUACCUCCCCUAUUAACUCAGUAGGCGGCUUUAUGUAUGUUGCUGCUCUCUUAAUUUGAAUCACUUUGCUCCCAUCUGCAACAUUAGGGUGAUUAUAAUUAUGACCUACUUUACAGGACAGUUGUAAGUAUUACUGAAAUAAUAGUCUGGUUUGCAAAGCCAGACCAUGGCUUAGAGUGAAGUCACGGGCAGCUUUGCUCUUCUCAGGUUAUUUUGCUUCUGUGCUGUGUUGAGCUAUGUCAUUGUUUGGCUUAGCAUGAACCUGGGAACAUGGUUUACAAAUCGUAAACCAGACAACAAAUCUUGGUUACAGCUUGUUAUUAGUCUGGAGAGAGCUAAACAGUGAAGCUGGUUUAGACAACACCCAAAGCCACACUGUGGCUUAGGUCAGUAUGGUGCAGCAGCAAAAUAACUAGGGAGGAAUGUAGCCAUGGUUUGGCAUAAUUUGACAUGUGAACUAGUCUAUUGUGUGUGAAAUGCUUGGAACACUCUAAAGCAUCAUACAAACACUUUCAUUAUUAUGUAGCAGGUUUCCAAACAUGGUACUUGCUUUGAAGAAGAAAUAUAUGUUUGUAUUUUAAUGCCAAUGUGAACUCCCAUCCAACACCUCCAUUAUAUCUUUCUCUUGGAAAUGGAAAGUGAACUUGGGAUCUUUUGUGAACUUCUUUUAGUGCCAAGCAAUUAAUUUGCUGACUGCUUUUCCCUUCCUUUGAGCAACUCUCAAGAAUGUUGCUAUGUUUUGCCAUUAUGAUAGCAAACUUACAUGUGGGUUAGUAACCAAAACCACAGGAAGCUGACUAAAUAGCAUACUGAAUCUACGUUUGAUGUUGCUUUCACAGUUUUACUAGUCUGCUUCUCAAGCUAUAAAAUGAUAUGAUGACUCCUUUCCCUGUCUAGGAAGAACAUCUCGAAAACAAUUUGCAAACUUUAGCCACUGAUGUUGCUCCACUGUAUCAGAAACUAGCCCCUGAUGCUUUUCAAAACCAGGUAAAAUCAAAGAAACUCCAUUAUCUCUAUUAUGACACAUCAUCGUUUUAAUACUGGUGAUGCAGAAAGAAAAGCUGCACAAGUUAGUUGAAGGCCUUUCGUUACCUUAACUGGCCUAACUGAAAGAACAGCUAGGCUGCGAUCCUAUGCACACUUAACUGGGAGUAUGUCUCAUUAAACACUGUAGGACUUCUAGAAAGAAAUGCACUGCUGGUGUUACAGCUUUCAAAUUCCUGCUGCUGUGUCCCCUGCUUACUAACAGGGUCAAAAAACUAAUUGUUGUAUUUUUCAUCCUCAUUGCCGAUCAGUGUAUUGCAUGAAGUUGGUAGAUCAAUAAAUCCUGACAGAUGUUGUUUUAAUUAGAUUGUAGAUCUAAGGAUUUUUAGCACAAUUCUCAUCAAAUAAGUCAAGCAUUUACUUUCAUAUUUAGCAAUGCAUAACAAUGACAGUGUUGGCAUGUCAUGGUAAACCACGAACAAGUUAGCCAUGGUUAAUGGUUUACCAUGAGUGUGCAAAUGGUUCUUACUGUAGUCCUCUCCUCUAGUGGGUUAGAGCAACAAACCAUAAUCCUUGGGAGUUAUGGUUUGUUCUCCUCCAAUCAAACCAUGUUGUGAACACAAGGUUCGUUCUUGGAGUGUGCAAGUUUUGUUUUGUUGGAGCAAAACAAACCACAACCCCUAGUUUGGAAGUAAUGCUAAGCCAGGAAUUGUGGUUUUUGGUUCCUGAUGGCUAAAGAAAGGGGCAAAAAAGGAGUGAUCUCAUGCUUAUGUGACCUUUGGUAUUCCAUGGCAUGUAAAUUGGGUUUAUGUGUUCUCAGUCCAGUUGUUCACUUCAAAUGAAAAAUUGUCCCUGAAGCUGGUGGUGUUUGGUGAGAUACAAUGUUAUCUCCAUAUAAGAUUUAUUUGUAUUUGUAGGAGGGCAGUUAUUAAUUUGUUUUUGUUUUAUUAUAUAUUUUGUGUUUUCAUUUUGUAUUUUUAUGUUGUGAACCUCCCUGUGAUCUUCGGAUGAAGGGUGGUAUACAAAAUUAAUGAAUGAAUGAAUAAAUAAUUUUAUUUUUUUAAGGUGGAAAAUGAGCACCUGGGUCCUGACUGUCGACUUGGGAUUAAGGAUGGCCGACCUUUUUCUGGUGUCACAGCUUGCAUCGAUUUUUGUGCUCAUGCCCAUAAGGAUACACACAACAUGCACAAUGGAAGCACUGUGGUAUGCAACGUUGUUGGGAUUCAGUUUCCCAAGUGCUUGUUCAUUUACAAUUUAUCUACUUGGCUUCUUUAGGUUGCUACCCUGUAGCUGUGAAUGCACCCUUAUUUCUAGACUUGCUUUUGUUCUUAAUUGUUUAUGCUCUUCUUUACAAAGUCUUCUUGCAAAGUUUAUCCAAAAAAGCCACGUUUAUAAAAUAAAAUAAAAAGCAAUUCAGAACUGCAACAAAUGCAAGACAAAACAAAUAAUCGGCUUCCUGCCCUAAGUAGACCUCUAGUUCUUGGAUAUGUUGCAAUCUCCUUUAUAAAGCUGAAGUAAUUUGCAAGGGACGCUUCAAGUUGCCGUGGUUGAAAGUUAAAAGUUUUUAUGGAUUGAUAGAGGUAAGGGAACCAAAUCAUUGCAUGGGGAGAACAACUUCCGCAAGUGCAACAAAACUUCUCUCCUCUGUGCUGCCCAAAAUCUGCUCCAGGGGUUCCCCACUUGUGAAAGUCAUUAGACAGAAGAACUUUUUAAAGGUGCAAAGCAGCUGUGAAUGAUUGUGCUGUUAGUGUUUCUAAAAUUGUGCAAUGUUAUUCAAACCAUGACAUGUGGGCUUGAUGUUUGAAGGAGAGGGGAAUUUCCUUAUUUUUCACACAAGCACCCUAAGUAGAAUAAUAUUCUGCAUGCUAAAACAUAAAUAUCACCUUUGCUAAAGUUGCUUCACUAACAAAUAAGUGAUGAUUUAUUAUUCUCUCCCCCCCUCCCCGUUUUUCUGGCUAGGUUUGUACAUUAACAAAAGAAGAUAACCGCAUGGUUGGGGUGAUACCCAAUGAUGAGCAGCUGCAUGUGCUGCCGCUUUACAAAAUCUCACAAACAGAUGAAUUUGGCACAGAGGAGGGUCUGGAAGCCAAGAUAAAAGCUGGGGCAAUCCAGGUGCUUACUGCUUUCCCACGAGAAGUAAGAAUGCUAGCAGAGCCACGUAGAGCGACGAAAAAGAAGAAAGCAGACUCAAAGAAGCAAACCUUAGCAGAGAAGAAGCUGUCUGCUCCUGCAAAGGGAAAAAACAGAGUGCAGGAAAAUACCAAUAAAGCUUCAAAAAGUUUAGGUAGGUACGAUAAACCUUGUUUCAAAAGUUAACUGAUACUGGCAGAAAUCUGUUUAUCAAAGGUAGGGCUGACUCUCAGAAUCUGAAAUCAACAAUCAAGCUCUCAGUGUGUCUAAUAAGUUAGGUAUUGAGGGUGGGAUGAAGCAAAACGUUAGCGCAAUCAGAAUCUCAAGAGUACAUUUAAUAAACGGACUGAAUCAUGGCAAGGUGGAGGUCCUAUGUGGGUAAGUUGUUCUCAGAUCCAGGAAUUAGGGAGACGACCUGUUCUGGGUGGAGGAACAGGUGUCUAAAGGAACAGGUGUGCAGCUUGAGCAGUUCUUCUCGAUUCAAAGCUGUUGUUAGAGGCCCAAGUAGCUUGAGUGGUGAGGAGUGCCUGUGCCCAGCUAUGGCUGGUUUGCCAGCCAUGGAUGUUCCUGGAUCAGUGACAGCCUGACAUCAGUAAUUCGUAUUCUGACAAUCUCACAAUUCUAAAGUUGCAACACCCUCUGCAUGGGCUACCUUUGAAGAUGGUCCAAAAGCUACAGCUGGUGCAGAAUGCAGCUGGUAGAUUGUUAAGUGCGGCACCAAGGUAGGAUCACAUGUAAUUGAUCCUUAAAGCACUGCCCAGCUUGCCUGUGAGCUCCUGGGCCCAAUUCAAGGUGCUGGUACUGACAUACAAAACCUGAAUGGCUUCGAGAGCCAGUGUGGUGUAGUGGUUAAGAGCGGUAGUCUUGCAAUCUGGGGAACCGGGUUCGCUUCCCCGCUCCUCCCCAUGCAGCUGCUGGGUGACCUUGGGCUAGUCACACUUCUCUGAAGUCUCUCAGCCCCACUCACCUCACAGAGUGUUUGUUGUGGGGGAGGAAGGGAAAGGAGAUUGUUAGCCGCUUUGAGACUCCUUCGGGUAGUGAUAAAGCGGGAUAUCAAAUCCAAACUCCUCCUCUUCUUCUUCUUCUUCUUCUUCUUCUUCUUCUUCGAGGCCCCGUAUUUAAAGGAGGUCUUCUCCCAAUACCUUGCAGACCCAUGAUUUGAGACAGUUGAGGGAGGCCAUGCUCACUGUCCUGCCAACAAUAUGGCAUCUUGUGAGGUAACACCAGGCAGGGGCUUCUUGAUACUGCAAUUGUGCAUUUCCCUGCCUGGAAAAGUGUGUCUGACCCCUGCAUUGGCAACUUUAGGUGUCAACCGAAGACACCUUCAUCUGAACUUUGGGGACACAAAUGGAAUCUGGAGUCCAACAGUUUCAGUAUAACCUGUUGUGCUACAUUUUUUUUAGUAUUAAAAUGUAAUUUUAGAAGCUUUGUUUUUUGUGGUGGUUGAUUUUAAAAUUUGUGAAUCACCUUGGACUCCUACAGGAGGAAGGUUUAUAUUAAUAUUUUUAUUUUUAUUUCUAUAUUUGUAAGUUGCUGAAGGCACUCAGCGGAAGGUGACCAGUGUUGACUCUGUUAAUUUCUCAUCCUGAAAAAGUACUGCAUUUAGGUUGGGUAGAGCUACUAAUAGCAAAUUUUCACAUGAUAUUUAGAGAAUGUAUACCUGUUGUGCAUGUGAGCUGUGUCUGCUGGAGUUUGCAAGCCACUUCAUCAGCUGAAAUUUUAAAAUUUCAGCCACUUCAGAAGGAAGUCCUUUUUAGUCAAAGGCAGGGUACUUUAGCACAUUUUGGAUUCCCAUAUCCAGCCAGUCUUCACAUUUCCCCCACCCCUCCCAAAGACACACAUGUGCUAUUUCCAGCUCAGCACUCACUGCUAAAACUCUUACCCAAGAUACAGCUGCCUCUUCUCUGCUGGAAACGAUAAGCCUCCAUUGAAGGGAAAUUCAUAUUCUCACAAUUAAGUUUGCUUUUUUUUAUUGACCAGCUACAGAAAAAUGUAGAGCUUUAUAUUUAAAACAUUUUGUUCUUUUCUCCUUAGGGAGCAAAGCUAAUUCAUUGCAACCUGGGACAAAAAUGGAGAGUGGUGAUCACCUUUCUACAAUAAAACACAAUUCAGACACUACUAAAAAUUGCUCUGUACUAAAGCAAUAUGCUCCUUCCUCCCCUUUAAAGCUGGAUAGUUUACAUUCUUGCUCUCCAUUAACUCACAAAGCUGGUGGUAUAAUGCCAGUGAGUAAUAAUCAACAAGAUUUUUCAACUCCCUACGGGUAUUUGCAAUGCAGUAGUAACAAACCUCAUGUGACACCCAAAGGUAAGAUCUUUGAUGUGUCCAUCAGCGAUCAUACUGGAAUUUUGCUGGAUGAGAAGAGGAAUGGGGUGCCCCCAUUCCUUCAAGACCUUACUGUUUCAGAAUCCACAGCCUUCAGAGAUACCUUGCCCCACACACUUGAACAAGGAGUAGUCAGCAAGCAAAAUUGUGAAAUAAAGUUAGAAAACUCUCCUGCCUCACAGUUGGCUAGCUCUUGUGAUUCCUCAGUGCCGUUAAAUUCUCCAGAAGAUAUAGUCAGAAAUGAAAUUGGUUCUUCCCAGGAGUGUCCAAUGCAAAAAGGUGGUUUCAAGAACCCAAAUUGCGAUUCUGCCACUGCGGAUAAACACCCAAGUUGUGAGCUCUUAAAGCGCACAGAGUCCGAAGAAAAAGCAGAGGAAAUGUGGUCUGACAGUGAGCAUAAUUUUUUGGAUAAUGACAUAGGUGGGGUAGCUGUAGCGCCAUCACACGGCUCCAUCUUAAUUGAAUGUGCACGCCGUGAGCUACACGCCACAACUCCGAUUAAAAAGCCGAACCGGAAUCAUCCCACACGGAUAUCGUUAGUCUUCUACCAACACAAAAACUUAAAUGAGCCAAAACAUGGGAUAGCGCUGUGGGAGGCAAAGAUGGCCGAGAGAGCAAAGGAGAAAGCAGCGGAAAAAUCAAGCACUGAAAAUACCAAUGUACAACCCAAUGACAGGAAUGUGCACCAGGCCAGUGCCACGAGAGAGAUUUUCUAUGAAGACAAUGAAUUCAACCAAAUUCCAUCGCGCCGAGCAUUAACAGUAACUCAUGAUAACAUCAUAACGGUGUCUACUUAUGCCCUCACUCGAGUUGCCGGGCCAUAUAACCACUGGGCAUAA